UCAGGAGUGAAGGAGGGAGGCAGGGAGGGAGGCAGGAAAGGAGGGAGUGUGGGGUGUUUGCAGAGAGACCUGAUACCCACUGUGGACCUGCCUGCCUGCCUGGUGCCAGUGCCAGUUAAACACAGCCGUGCUGUUCGGUUUCACACCUUGUACCCCAGGGAACAGCUCAACCCUGUGGAAGGUUUGCACUAGAGGUCUUCAAGGGUAAAAAAAUGUGGACCUGUUCCGAAAUAGAUCUGUAUUGAUCCCAUCCGACCCGAUGUGCAUAAAUAUAUUUUUAAACAUAGACCCGUUCCGAAUGGACCCAAGGAUAGUCAGCCACGUUCCGAAAAGGCCCGUGGAAAAACAGACCCAAACAGACACAUGCCGGUUCAGAUCCAAGAGAGCAGUAUCCACACCCAUCGGAUGUAGUGAUCAUAAUAUAAUAGCCAAAUCUAGAAAAACCAAAGUUCCAAAGACUGGACCUAAAAUUGUGUAUAAACAAUCAUACAAGAGGUUUUGCAAUGAUUCCUAUGUCGAAGAUAUGAAAUAUUUGUUGCUCUGGUGUGUGUAAUAAGGAACAUCCGGAUGCUGCACUUGAAGCAUUUAUGAAACUGCAUCUUCCGGUUACUGAUAGGCAUGCACCCAUUAAGAAAUGGACUGUUAGAACUGCCAAAUCCCCAUGGAUAGAUGAUGAAUUGAAAAACUGUAUGGCUGAGAGGGAUGAGGCAAAGGGAAUAGCAAAUAAGUCUGACAACACAUCAGACUGGCAAACAUACAGUAAAUUGAGAAAUCACGUAACUAAACUAAACAAAAAGAAAAAGAAACUAUACUAUGGAACAAAGAUAAAUGAUAUAAAGAAUGAUAGUAAAAAUCUCUUGAGUACUUUAAAUGAAUUUCUAGGCAAAAAAGCAAGCUUGGCUCCAUCCUUCAUUGAGGCAGAUGGCUUGCUCAUAACAACAUUAUUUGAUAUUGCCAACCACUUUAAUAGCUUUUUUGUUGACAAGAUUAGCAAAUGUAGGUAUGACAUGCAAACAACAAAUGCUGAGCGUUCAUAUUCAUGCAUAAUGGACCAAAUAAUGAAAGACAAGCGCUGUAGUUUUAAGUUCCACAAAGUGGGUGUGGAAGAGGUGAAAACAUUUCUGCUAUCUAUAAAUAAGGACAAACCACCUGGUACCGACAACCUGGAUGGUAAAUUGCUGUGGUUGGUAGCAGCAAUUGUGUGUAUAUGUACUGAUAUGUAGGCUAUGUGUGACCUUUUAAAUGAAUGUAUUUCAGUCCUUGACUAAUAAUGUUCUGUACAACAGUACCAGUCAAAAGUUUGGACACACCUACUCAUUCAAGGGUUGCUCUUUAUUUUUACUAUUCUUUACAUUGUAGAAUAAUAGUGAAGACAUCAAAACUAUGAAAUAACACAUAUGGAAUCAUGUAGUAACCAAAAACGUAAAAUAAAUGUUAUUCAAAUAUAUGUUAUAUUUGAGAUUCUUCAAAUAGCCACCCUUUGCCUUGAUGACAGCUUAGCACACUCUUGGCAUUCUCUCAACCAGCUUCACCUGGAAUGCUUUUCCAACAGUCUUGAAGGAGUUCCCACAUAUGCUGAGCACUUGUUGGCUGCUUUUCCUUCACUCUGCGGUCCGACUCAUCCCAAACAAUCCCAAUUAGGUUGAGGUCGGGGGAUUGUGGAGGCCAGGUCAUCUAAUGCAGCACGCCAUCGCUCUCCUUCUUGGUCAAAUAGCCCUUACGCAAUCUGGAGGUGUGUUGGGUCAUUGUCCUGUUGAAAAACAAAUAAUAGUCCCACUAAGCCCAAACCAGAUGGGAUGGUGUAUCGCUACAGAAUGCUGUGGUAGCCAUGCUGGUUAAGUGUGCCUUGAAUUCUAAAUAAAUCACAGACAGUGUCACCAGCAAAGCACCCCCACACCAUAACACCUCCUCCUCCAUGCUUUACGGUGGGAAUUACACAUGCGGAGAUCAUCUGUUCACCCACAUCGCAUCUCACAAAGACACGGCGGUUAGAACCAAAAAUCUCCAAUUUGGACUCCAGACCAAAGGACACAUUUCCACCAGUCUAAUGUCCAUUGCUCGUGUUUCUUGGCCCAAGCAGGUCUCUUCUUCUUAUUGGUGUCCUUUAGUAGUGGUUUCCUUGCAGCAAUUCGACCAUGAAGGCCUGAUUCACGCAGUCCCCUCUGAACAGUUGAUGUUGAGAUGUGUCUGUGACUUGAACUGUGAAGCAUUUAUUUGGGAUGCAAUUUCUGAGGCUGGUAACUCUAAUGAACAUACCUCAUGAGAGCCAGUUUCAUCAUAGCGCUUGAUGGUUUUUGCGACUGCACUCUAAGAAACUUUCAAAGUUCUUGAAAUUUUCCGUAUUGACUGACCUUCAUGUCUUAAAGUAAUGAUGGACUGUCGUUUCUCUUUGCUUAUUUGAGCUGUUCUUGCCAUAAUAUGGACUUGGUCUUAUACCAAAUAGGGUUAUCGUCUGUCACAACACAACUGAUUGGCUCAAACGUAUAAAGAAGGAAAGAAAUUGCACAAAUUAAUUUUUAACAAGGCACAUCUGUUAAUUGAAAUGCAUUCCAGGUGACUACCUCAUGAAGCUGGUUGAAAGAAUGCCAAGAGUGUGCAAAGCAUCAAGGCAAAGGGUGGCUAUUUGAAUAACAUUUAUUUUACGUUUUUGGUUACUACAUGAUUCCAUAUGUGUUAUUUCAUAGUUUUGAUGUCUUCACUAUUAUUCUACAAUGUAAAAAAUAGUAAAAAAUUAAGAAAAACCCUUGAAUGAGUAGGUGUGUCCAAACUUUUCACUGGUAGUAAUGUAUUAUGUAAUGUUUCAUGUGGACCCCAGGAAGAGUAGCUGAUGCUUUUGCAGCAGUUAAUGGGGAUCCUUAUAAAUACCAAAUACCAAAUACCCAUUCAUAUCCGAGAGUAGAAAGAGAGAGAGAAAGAAACCUCAGACCGGGCACUGCCAGCUCCAUCAAUAAACAAGUGAUAUUGGCCAAAUUAUCCCUAGUUACUUGUCUUUAAAAACGGACUAUACAUAAAAAUAAAAAUAAAAGUAUUUGUUGUGUUUCGAUGUGUAGCAUAUUCAAAACUUUAUAGACUAUUGUUUUAUUUGUGUUUACUUUCCUAAACAAUAAUUGUCCACCUCAUGGUUCAGCUGUCAGAGAUUUGAACGCUAAAUGCAUCAGGGCAUUGCAUGCAUAUAGGCCUAUAGGCCUAGACAUCCACUGUAUGAUAUUAAUAUUUAAAAUAUAAAGGAAGAGAAGUUUAGGCCUAGCCCUAGAGCGACCGAGAGAAAGAUAGAGAUAUGCUGGCGCCAUGUUCCUGACACUGACAUGCAUUUAUACUUAUCAGAUAGGCUACUACUGCUAUACAGAUAUAGGCGUACAGAAGGAUAAGCAUUAUAUUGUUAGAUGAAACUGGUAGGCCUAAAAUUUCUUCCUGACCUCAAGUUCAGUUGUCAGAGAGAGUUGGAACGCUGGUGACCUAAGUCAAGUCAUACAAACAGGUUAUUAUAUUGCGGCAUUAAAUUAAGUUUUGCAUCUCGCCCUCUUUGGUUUUUCCUUUUUAUGGUUUGAGUGCGAGUAGCCCUAGAUAGGCCUACCGGUAAUUAUGUUAUAUUGCGGCAAACAUAACAUGAACUUAAUUUGGCCAAAGAAAAUGGCAAAAGAAAAUGAAACAAAACACUUGUUGCAUAAGCUAUUUAAAGAACUGGUUUAAACGUUCAAAAAUACCAACAAAGGCUAGUGCCUACCGUAGGCCUACCCAACAAAUGACAGCAAUAGCCUAAUGCUAUUUAUUUUACAACAGGCCUAUUUUUAACAUAUUUUUAAUCUUCAACUAAAUAUAGCACAAAAUAAAGACAGUUAGAACUUAAUAUAGCUAAUGAAAAUGUAUCAGCAAAAUGAAACAAAACACUUUUUGCAUAUAUACUGACCAAAAAUAUAAAUGCAACAUGUAAAGUGUUGGUCCCAUGUUUGAGCUGAAAUAAAACAUCCCAGAAAUGUUCGAUACUCACAAAAACCUUAUUUUUCACAAAUGUUGGGCACAAAUUUGUUUACAUCCCUGUUAGUGAGCAUUUCUCCUUUGCCAAGAUAAUCCAUCCACCUGACAGGUGUGGCAUAUCAAGAAGCUGAUUAAACAGGAUGAUCAUUAGACAGGUGCACCUUGUGCUGGGGACAAUAAAAGGCCACUAUAAUGUGCAGUUUUGUCACACAACACAAUGCCACAUAUGUCUCAAGUUUUGAGGGAGUGCGCAAUUGGCAUCCUGACUGCAGGAAUGUCCACCAGAGCUGUUUCCAGAUAAUUGUAUGUUAAUUUCUCUACCAUAAGCCGCCUCCAACAUCGUUUUAGAUUUAAAAGAUAAUUGCGUGUGAUAUUCAAUUGGAAGUUACGAUCUUGUCUCAUCGCUGCAACUCCCCAAAGGACUCGGGAGAGGCGAAGGUCGAGAGUCAUGCAUCCUCCGAAACAUGACCUGCCAAGCCGCGCUGCUUCUUAACAUACUGCUUGCUUAACCCGAAAGCUAGCCGCACCAAUGUGUUCGGAGGAAACACCGUCCAACUGACAACUGAAGUCAGCUUGCAGGCGCCGGGCCCACCACAAGGAGUCGCUAGAGAACGAUGAGCCAAGGAAAUCCCUCCGGCCAAACCCUCCCCUAACCCGGAUGACGCUGGGGCAAUUGUGCGCCGUCCCAUGGGGCUCCCGGUCAUGGCCGGCAGUGACACAGCCUGGGAUCGAACCCGAGGCUGUAGUGGUGCUUCAGCACUACAGUGUAGUGCCUUAGACCGCUGCGCCACUUGGGAGGCCGUUUUAGAGAAUUUGGCAGUAUGUCCAACCAGCCUCACAACCGCAGACCAUUUGUAAUCACACCAGCCCAGGACCUCCACAUCCGGCUUCUUCACCUGUGGGAUCAUCUGAGACCAGCCACCCAGACAGCUGAUGAAACUGUGGGUUUGCACAUCCGAAGAAUUUCUGCACAAACUGUCAGAAACCGUCUCAGGGAAGCUCAUCUGCGUGCUCGUCGUCCUCACCAGGGUCUUGACCUGACAGCAUUUUGGCGUCGUUACCAACUUCAGUGGGCAAAUGCUCACCUUCGAUGGCCACUGGCACGCUGGAAAAGUGUGCUUUUCAUGGAUGAAUCCCGGUUUCAAAUGUACCUGGCAGAUGGCAGACAGCGUGUAUGGCAUCGUGUGGGCGAGCGGUUUGCUGAUGUCAACGUUGUGAACAGAGUGCCCCAUGGUGGCGGUGGGGUUAUGGUAUGAGCAGGCAUAAGUUACAGACAACGAACACAAUUGCAUUUUAUCAAAGGCAAUUUGAAUGCAGAGAGAUACCGUGAUGAGAUCCUGAGGCCCAUUGUCAUGCCAUUAAUCCGCCGCCAUUACCUCAUGUUUCAACAUUAUAAUGCAUGGCCCGAUGUCGCAAGGAUCUAUACACGAUUCCUGGAAGCUGAAAAUGUCCCAUUUCUUCCAUGGCCUGCAUACUCACCAGACAUGUCACCCAUUGAACAUGUUUGGGAUGCUAUGGAUUGACAUGUACGACAGCUUGUACCAGUUCCCGAUAAUAUCCAGCAACUUCACACAGCCAUUGAAGAGGAGUGGAACAACAUUCCAUAGGCCACAAUCAACAGCCUGAUCAACUCUAUGCGAAAGAGAUGUGUUGAGGCAAAUGAUGGUCACACCAGAUGCUGACUGGUUUUCUGAUCCACGCCCCUAUCUUUUCUAAAGGUACAUUGAGUGUUGCAACCGAGGACAGAGGAUUUUUAUGGGCUACGCGCUUCAGCACUCGGCGGUCCCGUUCUGUUAGCUUGUGUGGCCUACCUCUUUGCGGCUGAGCCGUUGUUGCUCCUAGACGUUUCCACUUCACAAUAACAGCACUUACAGUUGACCGGGGCAGAACUUUGACAAACUGACUUGUUGGAAAGGUGGCAUCCUAUGACGGUGCCAUGUUGAAUGUCACUGAGCUCUUCAGUACGGGCCAUUCUACUGCCAAUGUUUGUCGAUGGAAAAUUGCAUGGCAGUGUGCUCGAUUUUAUACACCUGUCAGCAACGGGUGUGGCUGAAAUAGCCAAAUCCACACAUUUUAAGGUGUCCACAUACUUUUGUAGUGUAUCUGUGUCCAACAGAUGCAUAUCUUUAUUCAUAUGGAAUCCAUAGAUUAGGGCCUCAUGAAUUAAUUUCAAUUGACUGAUUUCCUUAUAUUUACAUUUACAUCCUUUAGCAGACGCUCUUAUCCAGAGCGACUUACAAAUUGGUGCAUUCAACUUAUGAUAGCUAGUGGGACAACCACUUUUUUAAAUAAUUUUUUUUAUGGGGGUUGGGGGAAGGAUUACUUUAUACUAUUCCAGGUAUUCCUUAAAGAGGUAGGGUUUCAAGUGUCUCCGGAAGGUGGUCAGUGACUCCGCUGUCCUGGCGUCGUGGGGGAGCUUGUUCCACCAUUGGGGUGCCAGAGCAGCGAAUAGCUUUGACUGGGCUGAGCGGGAACUGUGCUUCCGUAGAGGUAGGGGAGACAGCAGGCCAGAGGUGGAUGAACAUAGUGCACUCGUUUGGGUGUAGGGUCUGAUCAGAGCCUGAAGGUAAGGAGGUGCCGUUCCCCUCACAGCUCUGUAGGCAAGCACCAUGGUCUUGUAGUAGAUGCAAGCCUCAACUGGAAGCCAGUGGAGUGUGCGGAGGAGCGGGGUGACAUGAGAGAACUUGGGAAGGUUGAACACCAGACGGGCUUCAGCGUUCUGGAUAAGUUGUAGGGGUUUAAUGGCACAGGCAGGGAGCCCAGCCAACAGCGAGUUGCAGUAAUCCAGACGGGAGAUGACAAGUACCUGGAUAAGAACCUGUGCCGCUUUCUGUGUAAGGUAGGGUCGUACUCUGCGAAUGUUGUAGAGCAUGAACCUGCAGGAUCGGUUCACCGCUUUGAUGUUAGCGAAGAACGACAGGGUGUUGUCCAGGGUCACGCCAAGGUUCUUUGCACUCUGGGAGGAGGACACAAUGGAGUUGUCAACCAUGAUGGCGAGAUCAUGGAGCGGGCAGUCCUUCCCCGGGAGGAAGAGCAGCUCAGUCUUGCCGAGGUUCAGCUUGAGGUGGUGAUCCGACAUCCACACUGAUAUGUCUGCCAGACAUGCAGAGAUGCGAUUCGCCACCUGGUUAUCAGAAGGGGGAAAGGAGAAAGUUAAUUGUGUGUCAUCUGUGUAUCAAUGAUAGGAGAGACCAUGUGAGGAUAUGAAAGAGCCAAGUGACUUGGUGUUUAGAGAGAAUAGGAGAAGGCCUAGAACUGAGCCCUGGGGGACACCAGUGGUGAGAGCACGUGUUGCGGAGACAGAUUCUCGCCACGCCACCUGGUAGGAGCGACCUGUCAGGUAGGACGCAAUCCAAGAGUGAGCAGCGCCGGAGAUGCCCAACUCGGAGAGGGUGGAGAGGAGGAUCUGAUGGUUCACAGUAUCAAAGGCAACGGAUAGGUCUAGAAGGAUAAGAGCAGAGGAGAGAGAGUUAGCUUUAGCAGUGCCGAGAGCCUCCGUGACACAGAGAAGAGCAGUCUCAGUUGAAUGACCAGUCUUGAAACCUGACUGGUUUGGAUCAAGAAGGUCAUUCUGAGAGAGAUAGCAGGAGAGUUGGCUAAAGACGGCACGCUCAAGAGUUUUGGAGAAAAAAGAAAGAAGGGAUACUGGUCUGUAGUUGUUGACAUCGGAGGGAUCGAUUGUAGGUUUUUUGAGGAGGGGUGCAACUCUCGCUCUCUUGAAGAAGGAAGGGACAUGGCCAGCGGUCAAGGAUGAGUUGAUGAGCGAGGUGAGGUAAGGGAGAAGGUCUCCGGAAAUGGUCUGGAGAAGAGAGGAGGGGAUAGGGUCAAGCUGGCAGGUUGUUGGGCGGCCGGCCGUCACAAGUCGCAAGAUUUCAUCUGGAGAGAGAGGGGAGAAAGAAGUCAAAGCAUAGGGUAGGGAGGUGUGAGCAGGACCAGCGGUGUCAUUUGACUUAAUAAAUUAGGAUCAGAUGUCGUCAACCUUCUUUUCAAAAUGGUUGACGAAGUCAUCCACAGAGAGGGAGGAGGGAGGGGGAGGAGGCGGAGGAUUCAGCAGGGAGGAGAAGGUGGCAAAGAGCUUCCUAGGGUUAGAGGCAGAGGCUUGAAAUUUAGAGUGGUAGAAAGUGGCUUUAGCAGCGGAAACAGAGGAAGAGAAUGUAGAGAGGAGGGAGUGAAAAGAUGACAGGUCCGCAGGGAGUCUAGUUUUCCUCCAUUUCCGCUCGGCUGCCCGGAGCCCUCUUCUGUGAGCUCGCAAUGAGUCGUCAAGCCACGGAGCAGGAGGGGAGGACAGAGCCAGCCGGGACGAUAGGGGACAUAGAGAGUAAAAAGAUGCAGAAAGGGAGGAGAGGAGGGUUGAGGAGGCAGAAUCAGGAGAUCGGAGGGAGAAGGAUUUAGCAGAGGGAAGAGAUGAUAGGAUGGAAGAGGAGAGAGUAGCGGGAGAGAGAGAGCGAAGGUUGCGACGGCACAUUACCAUCUGAGUAGGGGCAGAGUGAGUAGUGUUGGAGGAGAGCGAGAGAGAAAAGGAUACAAAGUAGUGGUCGGAGACUUGGAGGGGAGUUGCAGUGAGAUUAGUAGAAGAACAGCAUCUAGUAAAGAUGAGGUCAAGCGUAUUGCCUGCCUUGUUAGUAGGGGGGGACGGUGAGAGGGUGAGGUCAAAAGAGGAAAGGAGUGGAAAGAAGGAGGCAGAGAGAGAUGAGUCAAAGGCAGAUGUAGGGAGGUUAAAGUCACCCAGAACUGUGAGGGGUGAGCCAUCCUCAGGAAAGGAACUUAUCAAGGCGUCAAGCUCAUUGAUGAACUCUCCAAGGGAACCUGGAGGGCGAUAAAUGACAAGGAUGUUAAGCUUGAAUGGGCUAGUGACUGUGACAGCAUGGAAUUCAAAUGAGGAGAUAGACAGAUGGGUCAGGAGAAAAAGAGAGAAUGUCCACUUGGGAGAGAUGAGGAUUCCUGUGCCACCGCCGCGCUGACCAGAUGCUCUCGGGGUAUGCGAGAACACAUGGUCAGACGAGGAAAGAGCAGGAGGAGUAGCAGUGUUUUCUGUAACUCAGUAAAAUCUUUGAAAUUGUUGCAUGUUGCAUUUAUAUUUUUGUUCAGUGUAUAAAGAAUGGUUUAGAUUCUUAAGUAGGCCUACAAUAAUAAUAAUUAUAUACUGUACAAUAAUAAUAAUAAUAAUGAUAAACAAAUGAUAAUAAAUAUGGAAAUAAAUAAAUACAAGUUUGAAAAUUGCAUCAAACCUGAAUAGCGAGUUGCACAUGCAGUCCAUUUGGCUGCAAUGUGUGAUGCAGUUCCCCCAAUAACAGCUCGUUUUCAGUUUUCCCCUCCCCACUCAGACCACCCCCAGACAGUCCUAGCAAAAUUAUUACUUGAGAAAUCAGGACUGAAUGGUACUACUGAAUGGCUUGGGGAAGGUGGAGGCUCGUACAGUGUUAAAUGGGGAAAGGGACAGUAGCUGUUGUCUUAGUCUGUGUCAGGUGGAUCAAUGUUUCCCCUAAGAUUUUUUUCAGCAGCGGUGCCAGAGUAGGCAGGUGGGGGCGUCUUCCUGGGGCAUACAUCUCUACAGCUACACAGUAGAUGGUGCGCCGCUGACGCUGCUAGAAGCAUAUAGGGAAAACACUGAGUGGAUGAAUAAGAGACAAGAGUUUAGCACUAGCAUCCAGAAGUAUGUUAGCUAGAUGAAAAACAUGUAAAGAAAGAUUUCAUUGUUCUGCUAGUGCUAAUUCACCAUGAAAGAGAUCAUUGUGUUUGCACAAUUACACAUAUAAAGUGUGUAGGUGGAAGGAAGACCUGUGUUCACACAUGGCCCCUAGGAGCUGCCAACAGUGUCCUGCUGCAUCCCACCUCCCCUCCUCUGUCUUCUAACGCCAAUAAGGAAGUUGCAUUUAGGAUUUUAUCGCCUCGGAAACUGCUCAAAUAUUUCAAUCUGGUUCCCUAUAUCAUACAGCCCUAGUAGGGGCUUGUGUACGGACACCACAACAUGUGUGGAUCGUUACUGUGAGCUGCUUUAGGGCCCUUGGCAUUGUCCAGCAGUGUACACACACACAUUCAGUACAGUCAUUGGUUGAAACAUUGUGACACCAGUGUUCCUGUAUCACAGUCAUAGUAUUGCUAUGAAGCACACAGAGGAUCCUCAGCUGUUGGGUGUUCUAUAUGCUAAACAAAUUGUUUUCCAUGUUCCACCCUCUCUAUUCAGCCCAAGCCAUAUGAGGGUAAUCAGGGUAUUUGUGCACUUCUUUGUUAAUAAAAGACUGCUAACACAUGUUGGCUCUAAUAGCCUCCGUAUGUACGUAUACAUUACAUUUCUCGAAGUGCUGCUUCAUGUUUCCUUGAUUUAUAGUUGUCGACUUGAGGGAUGGGAGAUGAGGGGAAAAAAUGAUUUAAUCAAUUUUAGAGUAAGGCUGUAACGUAACACAAUCUGGAAAAAGUGAAGGGGUCUGAAUACUUUCCGAAUGCACUGUAGGACAUGUUUAAUGAAUACCACGGAGAGGUUUUUUCCCCUUUAUUUCUAAGAGCAUUGUUUCCCUAAGUCAGUAUUUUCUUCCGACCAAUAAUGCAGUGAUUGAAACCAUCCCAUAGCUCCUCUCCUAAUCCGGCUCAGAUAUCUCCUCUACAUGGCACAGCACAGGGAAACAGAUCUGGUCCUGGUUGACUAACAUGGAAAAGACCUGGUCCAGACUAACUGAUACACUACUGCACUGACUCCCUGUUCUCUGUCCUUGGCUGCAUAUGGUUCAAAAGAGGUCUCAAAACCAAGAGCUUCAUUAGUAGUGAGAGUAAGUAUACAAAGCCUUUAUAGAGGCUACAUAAAAAAUGGAGGUAAAUGUAAAGCUUUGUGUCUAACUUAUUCUUAAAAUACACACUUAGACUAACGAGGGCUUCAGUAUCUGAUGUUGACCUGUGACCUCUGGGUAAGCUGAUUUCCUGGCAGGUCAUCCCGCUCCCAGACUCUCCAGCUGUGCAAAGCAGGUCCUGAUAACGUCUUACGAAAGGAGUCGUCUUGGAAAGGGAGUGGGCCUAUGACCUACUAUUAGCCUAUGUUUGAAAACUCACUCUAAUCUCUGUGUGAGUCCCUCCCCCCUCUGUUCCUCCCUCAGUGACUCUGCCUCUUCUGAGACCCAGGGGGGAAAAAGCCAGUGGAUGUGUAUUGAUAGGGGAAAGACCGAAAUGUAAACACAGCCUACAAUAAACUCCCGCAAGUCUCACGGCCGAUUGAACUCAUGUAAACACCAGAAGGACUUUGAAAAGAAAGAGGGGGGAGAAUGAGAAGAAAGUGCGAGGGCACGGAUCAUUUCCCUUUAUGUGCGUGUGCGUACGCAUGUGUUUGUGUGUGUGUGUGUGUUUGUGAGAUUGUGGGUGUGUGUGUUUUUAUCAGAUAAUGAUAUGACCACCUGUGGCUUGUAUAUUUUAUUCUGAACAGGUGUGGAGGAGAACUGAAGCGUACGUUUCUCUUACCUUUUGUCUUGUUGAAUUUGAGUGUGCAUGCUAAACCUGCUCUGUGUGUGUCUCCUCCCCCCCCCCCCCCCCCCUCCCCACACUUUCUCUCUCUCUCUCUCCCUCUCUCUCUUUCUCUCGCUCUUCCUCUCUCCUCUCUCUCAGGAACUGGUGUCCCCAUACGGUCACUAAGACGGUGACUUGCCAGGUGCAGAAUGGGACAACCCUGCAGCGUGUCUACCAGACAUGUCGCUGGCCACAGGGAUGCACAGGGGGCAGGUGAGUCUGGGAUGUCUAACCCAUAACAAAGCAUGUCAAAACCUCACAGAACACACCCCACAUCUACACCUUGAUGAAUGAGCCACAAGAUCAGAGGAACUGUUUCAUCCUUACACUGUUUGUGAUAUUGGCCUGUGUGUGUGUUCCCCAGCUACCGGACAGUGGUCAGGCCCUCCUAUAAGGUGGUGUACCGCACCAUCAACUCUCUGGAGUGGAAGUGCUGUCCAGGCUACAGCGGCAUGGCCUGUGAAGAAGGUAAGAGGGCAACAGAGGUCAACAUCUUCUGGGAUUUAUGCACUUACAGAUUUCUCAGUUCUUCUCCAGCUGAGCACAUCUCUGUACUUUUCUGUACAUCUCUGUACUUCUCUGUACAUCUCUGUACUUCUCUGUACAUCUCUGUACUUUUCUGUACAUCUCUGUACUUUUCUGUACAUCGCUGUACUUCUCUAGUUUCUGGUCCCUGCCCCCUUCUUCUCUCUUUCUUUCUCUCUCUCUCUCUCUCUCUCUCUCUCUCUCUCUCUCUCUCUCUCUCUCUCUCUCUCUCUCUCUCUCUCUCCUCUCUCUCUCUCUCUCUCUCUCUCUCUCUCUCUCUCUCUCUCUCUCUGCUCCUCUGAUUGACUGGCAGUGCUCACAACUGAAAACACAUGAAUGUGAGCAGAACAAUGAGAACAUGAGGUUUUGGUGAGAGGAGAGAGAGAGACCCGAGGAGGUGAGGGUGAUUAAGGGCUGAGGUAGUGAAUCCUGUGCAUGUGAUAUGUAGUCCUGGAGCCUGGUUCUGACGCAACUCUGAGCGGGAGCCAGCCCCUCAGCCAUGUUGUGAUUGGAGAAACCGUGAAGACCAGACGGCUGCCAGGACUGCCUUGGCUUUCCCCCACUUCCUCCCUCUUUCCCUUCUCUCACUUCCCCUUCUCACUCUCUCUCUCGUUUGGUUCACUUUCUCUCACUCUCAGGUUUGAUAUCUCUCUCAUUUCUCUCUUUUAUCUCAUCCCUUUCUUCCUGUCUGUAAGUUAUCUUUUCUCACUUAUCUCAAGUUCAAUAAUGUAUCUUUGUCUUCGUUCCAUUCCCCCUUUCAGCAUAUCUCUCUAUCUCUAUCUUUCUCUAUGUUAUCCAGUUUUCCCAGUUCCUCACUGUUAGUCUCUUAGGAGUUUCUCAAAACGAAUAUAUGAGUAACAUGGAUAAACACUAGGAUCCCCCUCUGUUGGCCUGCAUCAUAACAAACUCACUCACUCUCCAAUGGUCUAGAGAAACCUCACAUCAGCAUCUUAGGGCAGAGCCAACAGCCUCCAGUUUAUUCAUCUUUUACGUGUCCAACUUUACAGUUAUUGAAUCGAUUAUUUUAUAUGGUUUUGAGUUUUAUAGUCCAUCUGCAAGUAUGGUGUCAUCCCCUUAAAGUGCUAUGCUAACACUCUGUUAUUGUUAUUCUGAUCCUUUCAACUCCAGUAGCUCCCCCUGCCUACGCUCCACACACACUUCUCCUCACACCUCUCACCCAGAACAGAACAGAGCCUAAUGAUUUCCCUUGGCGCUGGCUGGGACCCUGUCUGGUGUAGAGGGUGGAGUGACUGUUUGCCCCAGGACCCAGGGCUGAUUACAAUAACCCUUUACUGUGAUAAAACGUUGACUACUCAGUGGUGUUGACAUGGGACUGCUGUUUCCCUCACUAGCCAGCCCACUCCUCCCAGGUGAGCUAACAGUCUCUCUGGGGGCCUCACAGGGGCCCAGUACCUGCUGGAGGGUGUUGUAAUAGGGCCUCAUUUGGGAGAAAUUACUCCACUUUUCCCACCAGCACACCCUUUACACAGCCUACGGCUGUGGCGGUCACGAAAUUUCGUCAGCUGGUGAUUGUCAAGCAAAUAACCGUCGGUCUCACGGUAAUUGACCGUUAAUUAACAUAAACACAUUUAGCAUCUCCUGGCUUCCACACAUAGCCUACAAGCCACUAAUGCAGACCUUUGGAACAUCUACAUUUAAAAAAGUCUAAUAAAUCCAUGUAAUAUAGCCUCCUCAUCUUGUUGGCUGACGAAAAGUAAAUGUGGACAGUUCUUCCAAUAUCUUCAAUAUGCACCUCGGAAUUGGAUAAGGACGCACGCGAGGUGCAUAUUGAAGAUAUUGGAAGAACUGUCCACAUUUACUUUUCGUCAGCCAACAAGAUGAGGAGGCCUAACGAACAGCAAAAGCACUAGCCUAUGUCAAUCUACUAUCCCCCAUAGUACAAAAGUCGACCUAUUCUGUGUGAGACAUAAAUAUUCCAAACAUAGUCUGGGACAGUUGUGGGAUGCGAAAGAUCCCAAAUUAAUACAACCACUAGUAUCAAAAAACCUUUUUUACACAAUGUGGCUGACGCAACAGAUCAGAACGUUUAGCUUAAAAUGUUAUUUCUUCACAUAAUAAGCGCAGCAAUGCGCACAUGGCAGUAGGCUAUAAGCACAAAUGUUCCAUUAGCGGGAAAACACCAUUAUCAAAAGUGACCGCAAAUGCAAUUAAGCAUGUAAUGCUUUUAUUAUAAAGGUGCAUUUUUAUGGUGAAAAUUAUCUUCCCCAAACUUGAAACUCACACGCUGCUUAUGUAUGCCAGUUAGGCUCUAUACCCCUUGUAAAGCGGAUUAAUGUGCUUGAUUUUAAGAAAUUAUUUGGCCACUUUAGUUGUGAUACAAACCUUAUUACAGUUUUUCUCAAUUGCUAAAACACAAUUUCUGAAACCUUGAUUCCUCACCUAUAUCACCACAGGCUAAAUCCAUGGCUUGCAGCAGAUUUACUCUGGUGUAGGGUUGUCUAUCAAUCACUUUCCAUCUCCAAGAGGAGAAAAACUCCUAUAUCGGAUUCAGGAAAGGCGAGUAUGGAGGGAGGUACAAGUUCAUAAACUGCCCAUUGAUGUUAAACCAUUCCCUUACCUGAGCAGCUCGGUGGAAACUGACAUUGUCCCACACUAUCACAUAGGUGGGAAUGGGAUUCUCAUUUAGCUCUUGAUCCUGCUGCUCUUGAACCUGCUGCUCAAAUAAAAUAUAUUUUAGAUUGGCAAUAAAUCUUAGAAGGUGAUGGGUGUUAUAUGGCCCGAGUGUAACAUUGUGAUGUAGAACACCAUGGUUGCUGAUAGCAGCACAGAUUGUGACAUUGCCACCUCGUUGACCAGGGACUUCAACAUUGGCCCGCUGUCCAAUCAUGUUUCGGCCUCUCCUUCUCCUCUUUGUUAGAUUGAAGCCUGCUUCAUCGACAAAGAUGAACUCAUGGGGUCUGUCCAAGGAUUCCAAGUCAAAUAUAGUUGCAAACGGAACAAAACGGGGAUAAACAUACCUGAAUUUGUCCAAUAGAAUCUCUCGUUUGCAACUCUUGGACUAAUGAUUACACCCUAUAUCAGCUAGAUGCAGGCAAGAGUGUGCAAGGCGGUAUUUAAUGUGUCACUGUCUGUCCGUGUGUCACUGUCUUUCACCUCAAAUGUUUCUCUCUACCUGUGUGCACCUACUUUGUAAACUUUCAUUCAUAGGCUAGGUUAUAGCAACCUCAUGAUGGGUAUAAGGACAUUUUUUGUAUUAUGUAGUAGCCUAAACCUCUCGCUGUUAUAUUGAACUGGGUGAAUGGAAUAUGAAUGACAGUCAUCCAAUAUGCUGUAAUAGAAAUAAGGCCAUGCUCAAAAAAUCAUCCUCCCUCAUCUUAAACGUCACUGACCGCCACUGAGGUGUACACAUGUCACAAGCACUCUGAUACAGCGUUUGAGACACUCAAAAACUACCACACACGCAUGGACAGACCACCGAGAUACACACACAGAAAGCACACACACACACACACACACACACACACACACACACACACACACACACACACACACACACACACACACACACACACACACACACACACACACACACACACACACUGUUAAAAGACCUAGAAUUAUCCAAUUAAGUGGUACUGGAGGGCUGUGGUGGGGGUUUGGCUGUGGUGGGGGUUUGUCUGGGGGGGGGGGGGGGGGGGGGGUUUGUCUGGGGGGGGGGGGGAUGCUGAGAUUAGGCACUUAUGAGAGCGCCGUUCCGGGUGUCUCAGAUCACAGGCAGCGCUCAGUGGAAGUGACAGCUGCUAUUCAGAGAACCCUGCUAUGCAGCACGGUGGAUAGCAUCCAGGACUGCCGCCGCCGGGACUGUGUAGGAGAGGCCCCUGUCAGCACCCAGCCUGAUACCCCUCCUCUCAGCCCCUCAUCCCCUACCUUAAGGAGAAAUAAAAACCAGCGACACAGGAUGACUGGAGAUGGGACAGCACAUGCACAAAUCGUUGCAUUUACAUUUACAUUUUAGUCAUUUAGCAGACGCUCUUAUCCAGAGCGACUUACAGGAGCAAUUAGGGUUAAGUGCCUUGCUCAAGGGCACAUCGACAGAUUUUUCACCUAGUCGGCUCGGGGAUUAGAACCAGCGACCUUUCGGUUACUGGCACAACACUCUUAACCACUAAGUUGCCAUAGCGUUGCCAAGGGAAGUUAGUGCAGCAUUCUCAGUUAGUGCAGCAUUCGAGUGCAAGGUCAAAGAUAAGAUGUGUGUGUCACGUUGUUGUGCUUGUGUGGCUGUGGCUUUGAGGAUACAUGGCCUAGAGAAUGUAUUUGUGUGUUUUAGACACAUAACAUAGCUGUAUGUUAUUCGUUGAAGUGGACAUAUGGGACCUAUCUUUGGUCUGAAGUUGAACUAAUGUGAUGUCCUGUCGUCUUGAUCUAUGACCCAUUCAAAGUUCCAGUUAAGAGUAGUCUCAGGUGUUCCCCCCUUCCUUCCAUCCCUCCAUCUACACACUCCCUCUGCUGCCUGUCUGCUGUCUGCCUCUCACAGACUGUGGAAAAUGUGCAUGAUCCUCUGAUUUACUUUACUUUACCUCCCCUACAUCCUCUGUACUGUACCACUACCCUGACUGACCCCCCUCCCAGGGCUGGUCUGCAUUACUGCAGCCGUCACCACAGCAGACAGACAGACAGGCCAGCUGCAGACUGGGACUAGGACUGGGACUCUCACUGGGAGGGUGAGAGUUAAGGUGAGACUGAAUGAUGGCAAUCGUCCUCACUCAGGAAAGCCAGAGCGGUGAGGGCGCUGUAUUCGUAGCGUUGAUUGUUGAGGGUUGUUUUCACUUUUGUUCCUUCACUCACUUAGCUGAGUUCUUUCCCUUACGUGUGUACUCUCUAACUCUGUUAGGCGCUUUGGAGUUUGGUCCCCUGCCUGUUGUCAGAGUGGCUGACUAGGGUCCAGUCUGUCUGGUGUGUCUGACCUAGAGAUAACACGUCUCUGUUUUAGUUUAGAACCUCUUGAUGUGUUUCCCCCAGUCCCAAUGACCCGGGCGCAGAGUGCACAGACCCAGGAUGAGUGAGUGAAUGCUAUUGGAUGGGUUCAGGUCACUCUGGCACCUGAGAGACUCUCUUGUCCAAUCAGAGGAUCCUGUGGGAUAUGUGGCCCGUUGGCUCCACCCCAUCCAGCCCAUGGGCUCCAAAAACAAAACAUUACAUCACACACAGGCUGAUAACAGACAAACACACUCAGUCAGAGAGAGUCAAUGUGGAGUAAGAUAACACUGUAUUAAGACAGCCACCCCUCAUAUUUCUCUGUUUCUCAGGCCCCCACCCAAAUCUCAAGCCUUGGCUCAAAUUCCAGACCAGUGGUGUAAUUACCUCAUCCUAAUUGUUUUCUAUGAGGUUGGGGAGAUAUUGUCUUACUGCUGGACCUGCAACACAAUGGCCUUUAUCUCUGAUUGAGCUUGAAAAAAACUCUAAGUAUUUGCAGAUGGAGGCACUUUCAUAAGCUGCCAGAGAACAUGGAUAUAAUGUAUGCCUGGAUCGCUUCACCCUUCCAAGCAACAACACUCUUGUUUUCAGUGGGGAUAUCCCAAGUUACAGUACAUCAAAUAACACUAUAAAAAUUAUACCCCAUUUAGAUAGCAAUUUUAUUAUAACAUAAUAUCAAAUAUAUUCCAUACAGGCUAGAUUAUGACAUUGAAUUUAGUUGUCAAACACAUCACAGUGUCUACAGUAUCAAAGUACUGUAUCAAACAAAGGAGUUGAUUGUUGACUUCAGGAAGCAGAGGAGGGAACAUACCCGAUCCACAUCAAUGGGACUGUAGUAGAGAGAGUCACAAGUUUUAAGUUCCUCGGCGUCCACAUCACCGAGGACUUGUCAUGGACCAACAACACCACCGCCCUUGUCAAGAGGGCGCAACAUCGUCUCUACUUCCUAUGGCGGCUGAAGAAAUUUGGCAUGCUGCCCCAGGUCCUCUCCAAAUACUUCCGCUGCACCAUCGAGAGCGUCCUGACCGGUUGCAUCACGGCCUGGUACGGGAAUUGCUCCGUCCACGACCAAAAGGCCAUCCAGCGGGUGGUGAAGAUGGCCCAGUACCGUGCUGCAACCCAUCCUGGACAUCUACUCAAAACGGUGCCUGAGGAAGGUCAGCAUCAUCAUCAAGGACCCCACACACCCCAGCCGCAAGCUGUUCUCUCCCUUACCAUUGGGCAGACAGUAUCGGAGCAUGAGGUCUGUUACCAACAGGCUCAGAGACAGUUUCUAUCUAUAAGCCAUCAGACUGCUGAACACUUGAACUGGACUGACCACCUGCUCUGAUCCUCCACACAUUAUCACACAUCACAGCUGCUGCUACCAGACUCUUAUUAUACUGCUCAGUUUAUACACUUGCCCCCCAUCCCCCCAUGCCUUCCUGUAUUAUACUUAUGCUAAAAUGUUAAUUAUAUUCUACUGCCAUUUACUUUAUGUUUGUAUUCUUAUGUUUUACUAUUUCUUAUUGUUGUUUUAUUGUCGAGAAGGAACCUGCAAGUUAGCAUUUUGUUGGACGAUGUAUACCAUGCGUAUCCCGUACAUACGACUAAUAAAACUUGAAAUGGAGAUCAUAGUCUCUCUGGCAUAUAAACUGUGAUAGUAUUCAUGUCUCCCUCAGGUCAGGUGUGGUAGCUGGCCUCCUGCCCUUCUCCCCUGCUGUGACUGAAUUAUGUGAGGAUAUAGUGUGAGAAAGAGAGGAUGACUGUGGGAGGUUCCAGUUGAUAUCAUGGACUGAACACGAUUUAUAAAGACAGACACUUGAAACAACACAACACCAGGCAGUUUACCUCAAGAGGGGCAGGCAGCACAUUGAGACAUUAGGGAGGCAGUGGAGGCUGCUGAGACUCAUAAUAAUAGCUGGAAAGGAGCUAAUGGAAUGGCAUCAAACACAUGGGUUCCAUAUUUGAUACCAUUCCACUCCAGCCAUUACCACGAGCCUGUCCUCCCAAUUAAGGUGCCACCAACCUCCUGUGUAGGGAGGAGAUUUUGCUGAAUUAGUGCGGCUGAAAGAGCCCCAUCAAGCUGUGUCUCGCAGUCAAGCGGAGGCUGCGGUUUCUGGGCUGCAAUUACAGCGUGGCCGAGAGGCAGAGGCGCGGCAUCUUUAAUAAGCCGCAAAAAUGUAAUCUGUGUUUUCACAGCUCAGCUCAGCUUAUCAGAGGCCUACACUCUAAGCCCCUCACUUUAAACAUCGCUGGGCUGCAGCUUUCCAUUAGCAAGGGGAGUGUGGGAGUAUGUGGGUGCUUGUGUGUUCGGUGUGUUCUGUGUGUUUGUGUGUGUGUGUAUAUAUAUAUACGUGUGUGUGGGUGGGAGAGCGAGGUGUUAAGAAUUUGUAUAGUGAAGCAUGCAGCUGUUAAGCGUGAUUAGCCGUUUUAAUGGCUGUAGUUUUUAGUAGCUGUAAGUGGAAAGACCCCAGUGUGAGGUCACUGGUGUGGGAGCCGCACGAGACCAGUUCCUCUCUCUCUGAGUGCUGACCUCCACUCCCACUCCUCUUGGAUCACACAAAGGAACGCUGUCAAAAACAAAAUAUUCUGACCCAACAUAAAGCCACCACUUUCCAGAGCUGUCUCUGAAGUGGCCCUUCUCUCUCCUCUCAACCACACCCCCCUGGUCCCACAGUCUCCUUGUUUGCAUUAAACAGGUUGUAAAACCACUGGAACACUCACAGAAGACAUACACAUACACUCAAGCACACUCAUACAUACACAUACACUCAAACACACUCAUACAUACAUAUACACUCAAACACACUGAUUUAUUUAGAAGGAAACAUAGACACACACGUCACGAUUUGCACACAUACACACAUACUCUUUUACGUACACAAACACACAAUCACCGUCAGCCACAAAACACUAUUUGCACAGACACACAUACCCAUAAAGGCAUCCUAUACAUCCACACAGACAGGCAUGCCCCCAGCCGUAUGCAGACAGGCCUGUGCUGCGGAGAUUCAUGGCUGUGUAAAUGGCAAGCGACAGCAGCACAAGUGCCGAGCCCAAAUUGGAAGCAGCUGAAGCAGAGGCGAUGCAAGGGGAGGAGAGCUAAGGGCCCCAGAUGAGAUUAGAGACGAGAGAGUCCAGCCCCUGGCCCCUCGCUUCUUCACUCAGAGGGGAAUAGUCACAACUGUCAUUAAUUACCAUACGACACCAGUCAAUUUAUUAGUGUGACCAGCCAUCAAUUAACUAAAGCAAACAGGGGAAAGGAAGCUUUUUUUCUCCCUCUGUCUCGCGCGCUCCUCUGUUGUUGUUGUGUGCUUCUUUGUUAAGACGGAAAUGGUAAAGAGUUGUUUUAGACUAUUUCAAAGUAUAUUUUAGAAGAAACCAACUAUUGCCACAGGUCAGAUGAGGGUUGAGAUUCCCUGUGCUGUGUGCAGGUCAGUUUAUUUAUGGUUUCCCUGGCCUCCCUGGAGUCCCUAGGGGUUGUGGAUUAUUGAAAUAGUGAGGCUGUGUGCCUGCCUGCCCUCUCCACCACUCACGCACUCACACACACACACAUACACAGACACACACACACACAGACACACACAGACAGUCCUGCCCUAGAUCCUAUGGCAGCCAAUAUGCGCUCCUCUGAGGCUUUACCUCUCACCCUGCAGUUUAACAUGACCUGUAUGCUGCUGUAUGAGUGACCCAUAAACCCACAAGCAAAGGACUAUCAACGAAAAUGGGCAGAAGGGGAGAGAGGCGGGGGGGAGUAUGGGGAAACAGACAUAAAGGGGGUUUAGACAUCUUAAAGAGAACCCUCAGAUAUCCUAUUAUUUUUGUUUUGGGUCAGUGCUGCUAAUGACCUCACCCCUCAUCUCCCUGUGUUAGCCUCAGUUCUCAGAAGUUAGUGGUGUAAAGAAGGUCAGCCAUAGUGUGGAAUUGCACUGCAGCCCUCAACUAUCUCUGCUCUACAUCCUGCUGUCCCUCAAUCCCUCAGAGUCUAAACCUAUUACCUUUACUGUAGCUUUGAUGGAUUAUGACAAGGCCAUGAGGUAUAUUUCUCAGUGAUUUGACAUCGUUGAGGCUGAGACAAUGGCAGCAUUAAUGGGGCUGGUGGUAAUGUGCUGUACAGCCCUGAUGAGUUCUCCUAGCCCAGCGCUGGCUCCCAAUGGAAUUUCCCUCCCUCUGUCUGUGGAUCUCUUUCACAGAAGGACCUCCACUCAUUCCCUCUACUUACCUAAACCAUCUUUCCUCUUCUCUGAAUCUAUCUUCUACCUCUCUCCUCGCCUUACCCUGGCUGUCUCUCCACUCACUUCUCCUCUCCUGUCUUCUCGCAUCCUCAUUCCUCGCCUCUCCUCUUUUCUCUUAUCCUUUGGUCUGUUCCUCUCUUAUCUCUACUUCUCUCUUACCUCUCCCUGUGCAGUGUGUCAUUCCUGGCUACCUCUCAAUCCUCCACGCUGCCAACUCUCUCUCUCUCUUUCUCUCUCACUUAUCGCUUUUUAUUUUAUUAGAGCCCUGGGCAGCUGCAGAUAUUAAUCAAAAUUAAAUCUAACUAUGCCCCUCCCUCCUCCUCUCCUUUUCUCCUCUUUCCUCCCUCCCUCCUGCAGUGGUGCCCAGAUGCUGCAAGGCAAAAUGUUUAGUAUGAAAUCAGCAUGGAAACAAUGCUAGCAGUUGCUAUACUGGUGCUGUUUAUCAUAGUGUGUAUAUGCAGUAUCUGUUUGAGGUUUUGCGUACUCCCAGAAGUCUUAAUUGUCUGGUUGCUCAUUCGUCAUCUUUAGAAGAGUUCAUAAACAUCUCCAACUCCACUUGAGAGGGACUCAAAGAGUUGUGGUCCAAUGGGUGUGGAUUGAGGAAGUAGCUAUCUAAACCAAACCAUGUCUCCCCUACUAUACUCCCCUAUCCCAAACCACAGACAGACAGACAACCACAACAAAGCAUUGGGCUGCGGUGGAUGGACGGGUGGUGAUGACAUUUAUGACCCCUCAUUUCAAGCACCUCCCAAAACCCAUUGUCUUUCUGUUCCUCUAAAACCCAAACCUUCAAACCUGCAGCCGCUGGAUGAAUGAGUAGACUCAGGUUGCAGUCACAUUGGUGUCCUCACUCUACCCUUUGUGAACACUAAUUAGUGUUCCUCUCCUCUCCCCUGCUUAUAUGGUGGAGUGAGGUGGUGCUGAGUCAGAAAGAGAGAGGUCUGGUGAGGCUAGUGAUUCAUUCUGGGUUGGAGCUGGGGCUGGAGAAGGGGUUUUAGAUGAGCUGCACAGAGGCUAAUUAGAGACAAGCCUGGCUCUGUGAGCAACAACCAGAGACUACAAAGGACAAUACUUCCCUCUGGCCUCUGUGGAACGAAUCGCCUUGACUGGGGGUAAAUUACUUCACCUUAUAGGCUGGAACAGGGAACAAUGGAAGGUAUAGGAGUGUCUCUAAAGAUCUGAUGACUGAUAUACAGUAUGAGGCCAAAUUAGGGGUGUGAACGUUAUUUCAAACAAUAUAUGAAAUAAAAAACAAAACAAAAAAACAGAUUAAAUUAACAACAGUUGUUAAGUAUUUAAUUUCUGAUGUCAUACUGAGUAUGUAUUUUGUGUUGACAGAUUCCUGUAACCUACUGUAGGAUCCUUAAAGCUGCAAUAUGUAACUUUCUGGGCGACCUGACCAAAUUCACAUAAAAAUCAGUGGAGGCUGCUGAGGGGAGAACGGCUCAUAAUAAUGGCUGGAAUGGAGUAAAUGGAAUGGUAUCAAACACGUGUUGUUCAUAUGUUUGAUACCAUUCCAUUUACUCCAUUUAUUUUACAUUUGACAUUUUAGUCAUUUAGCAGACGCUCUUAUCCAGAGCGACUUACAGUUAGUGAGUGCAUACAUUUUCAUACUGGCCCCCCGUGGGAAACAAACCCACAACCCUGGCGUUGCAAGCGCCAUGCUCUACCAACUGAGCUACAGGGGACUAUUCCAUCCAUUAUUAUGACCCAUCCUCCCCUCAACAGCCUCCACUGAUAGAAAUGUUAGUUAUAGAUCUGUCAUUCUCAUUGAAAGCAAGUGUAAGAAGUGGUAGAUAUGCUCUAUGUGCGCUAUUUCUAUGCUUAAGUCUUUUACUUUCGGUUUUGUACACCAGCUUCAAACAGCUGAAAAUACAAUACUUUUGGUUAUGGAAAAUAUAUUUCACAGCGGUUUAGAUGGUAUAAUGAUUCACUACACUAUACUUGCUUGUUUUGUCACAUAAACUGAAAUUAGGUGAACUAUUAACAUUUAUGCAACCAGGAAAUGCCGAUUUCUGCAUAGUGCAUCUUUAACGUUAAGAAAAAUCCAUAGCCGACUAACUAGACAAUAGGCUAUAAAGGUCUGGGGAAAGUUGUGUAAUUUCAAUAAAACCAGAGAGGAAGAGGUGAACUUUAAGCUACUUUGGUGAAUCUCUCUCCCUUGCGCUGUCUCGCCUGCUGUUGCUCUUCGCUAAUAAUGCAAGUGUGUAUUCAGUCUUCGGUCUGUUGCGUGUAGAAUAUCCUAUCCUAUUCAUUGAUGAUAGGCCCUGCUUUACUGAAAUUGCAAGAUAAAGCAUUCCAUUGUGAGAUACAGCUUUUGAAUGAUGAUAGAUAGCCCAAAUGCACGUUUCUCACUGUCUGCAUGGUGGCCGACCUGCUUAUGUUGUGCCCCUCCCCUCUCUUUCCGUCCCUCGCUAGCUCGCUAUGAAAAGAUGCGAGUGUUCUCGGAAGUACGGCAAUUAAUCAGUGUUAGGGUUAGAAUUAGGUUUAGGGUUAGGACCUAGAGUUAGAUUUAGGGUUAGAAUUAAGUUUAGGGUUAGGACCUAGAGUUAGUUUUAGGGUUAAGGUUAGGGUUAGGGGUUAGGGAAAAUAGGAUUUUGAAUGGGACUGAAUUGUGUGUCCCCACAAGGUUAGUUAUACAAUACUGUGUGUGUGUGUGCGUGUGUGUGUGUGUGUGUGUGUGUGUGUGUGUGUGUGUGUGUGUGUGUGUGUGUGUGUGUGUGUGUGUGUGUGUGUGUGUGUGUGUGUGUGUGUGUGUGUGUGUGUGUGUGUGUGUGUGUGUGUGUGUGUGUGUGUGUGUGUGUGUGUGUGUGUGUGUGUGUUACCAGGCCCUGGCUGUGAGCUCAGUGUGAAUGUGUGAGAGGACCAUAAACACCUGAGGAGGCAGGAACACACAUCUCUCUCAUUAGGCUGUAUUUAUGUUCCUGACCAGAGGGGAGCGGGGGAGUCCGCUGUUGGCUCUGCAUGGCCGUGGAGGGCAGGCGGGGAUCCAACCAUAACACAGGGUCAUUAACCCAUUCUGGAUGAGUCCCAGAGGGUGGCGGGGCGGGGCGGGGCGGGCGGAAUGCGGGCCUGGGAUUGGAGGUUCAGGGGUACGUCCUCUUGUUAAUGAUCUCACCCUGCAGAGACUCUCUGGCCAACAAGCUCUCACAGUUUCACUUCAGAAUUAGAUGUUCAUCCAUGUUUCUCAAACGUCAAAUUUCGAAGUUGUCCCAAACAUCCAAUUUCAAAGUGUUUAAGGUUAAGUUUAGGCAUUAGCUACGAAUUUGUAAGGUUAGAGUUAAGAUUAGGCAUUAACUCUGUCAUCUUAAGGUUAGGUAUUAACUCUGAAUGGUCAAGGUAAGGGUCAAAAAUAACUUUCUGUCGCUGGAUUCAAACUUGCAACCAUUUGCACCAGAGGCAGAUGCAAUGCUUACACCCAUCCACCAUCCCUGUCCACAACGCCCUAGCAAAACCGAAACCUACUUGAAGGUAACAGCUCUCACUGUUGCCCCUAGUGGCUGGUUUCCACGUCAACUCCUGACGUCCUCAGACAUGGAUGGAUGUCGAAUACUGACUUGUAUCACGGGUGACCUAGCUGCUCUGGCACACUGCCCUGACACAGUCACACCAUCCUUCUCUUCCUCCAGCCCUGAACCCAUGACCUGGUAGCACAUCACAAUCCCUGAACAUCACUUGGAAAGCUCUGUACCACAGAUCUAAGCCUCCUCAACAACAAAUAUCUAUUCUCUAGUGAGGCAGAAGGCAAAAGACAGUGCUAAUGUUUGGUUCUGCCAAAGUCCCCGCUCCUCCAUUCUGUGCAUGAAGGAGAUAAUAUAUGUAUGUGUGUUUGUGUGUGUGUGUGUGUGUGUGUGUGUGUGUGUGUUUGUGCAUGCGUGUGUGUGGUGUGUGUGUUUGUGUGUGUGUGUGUGUGGUGUGUGUGUAUGCAUGUGUGUAUGUGGUCUGUCAGUGUGUGUGCGUGCAUGCAUGCGUGUGGUUUGUGGUGUGUGUGUGUGUUUGUGUGUGUGUGUUUGUGCAUGCGUGUGUGUGGUGUGUGUUUUUGUGUGUGUGUGUGGUGUGUGCGUGGUGUGUGUUUGUGGUGUGUGUGUAUGCAUGUGUGUAUGUGGUCUGUGAGUGUGUGUGCGUGCAUGCAUGCGUGUGUGGUUUGUGGUGUGUGUGUGUGUGUGUGUUUGUGUGUGUGUGUGUGUGCAUGUGUGUGUGUGUGUGUGCGUUGGUGCGCGUGUGCAUGUGUAAUAGCAGUAUGAUGGAGUCCAGAGGUCUCUGAGGUGUGACAGUGAAGGAGUCAGGAGAGAGAAGGAGAUAUGAGCUCUCUCCUAAAUGAUGCAUGUCUUACACGCUCUAUUAACGCAGGGCAAACACUGCAGAGGGAAACGCUCCUCUGUCUGACACGUGUGUGAACGUACAGACUUAGACAGACACACACUCACUCUCUAAGAGCAAGAUAUAGUGUCUGAUACAGGGCUGUGCUGAGGAGGACUGUCACUGUCUGAAGUGGCACAAUCCAGACGCACGCACACACACACACACACACAUAUACACUACCAGUCAGUAGUUUGGACACACCUACUCAUUCAAGGGUUUUUCUUAAUUUUUACUAUUUUCUACAUUCUAGAAUAAUAGUGAAGACAUUAAAACUAUGAAAUAACACAUAUGGAAUCAUGUAGUAACCAAAAAAGUGUUAAACAAAUCAAAAUAUAUGUUAUAUUUGAGAUUCUUCAAAUAGCCACUCUUUGCCUUGAUGACAGCUUUGCACACUCUUGGCAUUCUCUCAACCAGCUUCACCUGGAAUGCUUUUCCAAGAGUCUUGAAAGAGUUCCCACAUAUGCUGAGCACUUGUUGGCUGCUUGUCCUUCACUCUGCCGUCCGACUUAUCCCAAACCAUCUCAAUUGGGUUGAGGUCAGGGGAUUGUGGAGGCCAGGUCAGCACUCCAUCACUCUCCUUCUUGGUAAAAUAGCCCUUACACAGCCUGGAGGUGUGUUGGGUCAUUGUCCUGUUGAAAAACAAAUGAUAGUCCCACUAAGCCCAAAUCAGUUGGGAUGGCGUAUUGCUGCAGAAUGCUGUGGUAGUCAUGCUGGUUAAGUGUGCCUUGAAUUCUAAAUAAAUCACAGACAGUGUCACCAGCAAAGCACCCCCACACCAUAACACCUCCUCCUCCAUGCUUUACGGUGGGAACUACACAUGCGGAGAUCAUCUGUUCAACCACACCGCGUCUCACAAAGACACGGCAGUUGGAACCAGACCAAAGGACACAUUUCCACCAGUCUAAUGUCCAUUGCUCGUGUUUUUUGGCCCAAGCAGGUCUCUUCUUAUUAUUGGUGUCCUUUAGUAGUGGUUUCUUUGCAGCAAUUCGACCAUGAAGGCCUGAUUCACACAGUCCCCUCUGAACAGUUGAUGUUGAGAAGUGUCUGUGACUUGAACUCUGUGAAGCAUGUGGUCCUCUGUAGCUCAGCUGGUAGAGCACGGCGCUUGUAACGCCAAGGUAGUGGGUUCGAUCCCCGGGACCACCCAUACACAAAAAUGUAUGCACGCAUGACUGUAAGUCGCUUUGGAUAAAAGCGUCUGCUAAAUGGCAUAUUAUAUUAUAUAUUAUUAUAUUUAUUUGAGCUGCAAUUUCUGAGGCUGGUAGCUCUAAUGAACUUAUCCUCUGCAGCAGAGGUAACUCUGGGUCUUCCAUUCCUGUGGCGGUCCUCAUGAGAGCCAGUUUCAUAAUAGCGCUUGAUGGUUUUUGCGACUGCACUUGAAGAAACUUUCAAAGUUCUUGAAAUGUUCUGUAUUGACUGACCUUCAUGUCUUAAAAUAAUGAUGGACUGUCAUUUCUCUUUGCUUAUUUGAGCUGUUCUUGCCAUAAUAUGGACUUGGUCUUGGGCUAUCUUCUGUAUACCCCCCCUACCUUGUCACAACACAACUGAUUGGCUCAAAUGCAUUAAAUUCCACAAAUUAGCUUUUAAGAAGGCACACCUGUUAAUUGAAAUGCAUUCCAGGUGACUACCUCAUGAAGCUGGUUGAGAAAAUGCCAAGAGUGUGUAAAGCUGUCAUCAAGGCAAAGGGUGGCUAUUUGAAGAAUCUCAAAUAUAAAAUAUAUUUUGAUUUGUUUAACACUUUUUGUUUGCUACAUGAUUCAAAAUGUGUUAUUUCAUAGUUUUGAUGUCUUCACUAUUAUUCUACAAUGUAGAAUGACAUUGAGAGAGAGAGAGAGAGAGAGAGAGAGAGAGAGAGAGAGAGCGAGAGAGAGAGAGAGAGAGAGAGAGAGAGAGAGAGAGAGAGAGAGAGAGAGAGAGAGAGAGAGAGAAAUUGGCCCAGGGUAGGGGAGGGAAUGGCCGGCAGGGAUGUAGCUCAGUUGGUAGACAAAGUCGCUCUGGAUAAGAGCGUCUGCUAAAUGACUAAAAAUGUAAAUGUAUAUGAAAUCUCCACUUUGGCUGUGUAAAUCUAGCUGCUGGUGUAAACAUAGACACAUUCAGGCUGUGUUACUGAAGCUGCAGCCAGAUGGGUUCUGAACCUGAGAAGUGCUAAAAGUCCAAGCACAGUUUAGGUCCUAUCUUUCUCCCUCUAUCUCAGACAGGUAAUAAUCUAUUCACCCCAUUGUAGAUGGAGAGAGAGGAGCUAUUUUGGCAAACUGUAAUUCCUUUCUCCUGACUGCACCUGACAGAACAGAAACCUGACCCGCCCAUUACGGUACAGCUAGGUUUCAUAGAGCUGCAGUGUUCCAUAGUGUUCCAUAGUGUUCCAUAGAGCUCCAUAGUGUUCCAUAGAGCUCCAUAGUGUUCCGUAGAGCUCCAUAGUGUUCCAUAGUGUUCCAUAGAGCUCCAUCGUGUUCCAUAGAGCUCCAUAGUGUUCCAUAGAGCUCCAUAGUGUUCCAUAGUGUUCCAUAGAGCUCCAUAGUGUUCCAUAGAGCUCCAUAGUGUUCCAUAGUGUUCCUUUUGUUCAAUAUAGAUCUAUAGUGUUCCAUAGAGCUCCAUAGUGUUCCAUAGUGUUCCUUUUGUUCAAUAUAGAUAUAUAGUGUUCCAUAGAGCUCCAUAGUGUUCCAUAGAGCUCCAUAGUGUUCCAUAGUGUUCCAUAGAGCUCCAUAGUGUUCCAUAGAGCUCCAUAGUGUUCCAUAGUGUUCCAUAGAGCUCCAUAGUGUUCCAUAGUGUUCCAUAGAGCUCCAUAGUGUUCCAUAGAGCUCCAUAGUGUUCCAUAGUGUUCCAUAGAGCUCCAUAGUGUUCCAUAGUGUUCCAUAGUGUUCCAUAGUGUUCCAUAGAGCUCCAUAGAGCUCCAUAGUGUUCCAUAGUGUUCCUUUUGUUCAAUAUAGAUCUAUAGUGUUCCAUAGAGCUCCAUAGUGUUCCAUAGAGCUCCAUAGUGUUCCAUAGUGUUCCAUAGAGCUCCAUAGUGUUCCAUAGUGUUCCACAGUGUAUCAGUCUUACAAUGGGACGGAGCAUGUCAUGUCAGCACCGUGCCAGGCAGCUGUCCUCCUUUGUGAAUGUGUCUGAAGGACAGACGGAGGCAGGACACGUAUCAUCACCUCUCCGCCUCCUCGCUUGUGCCUGUGAUAGAAUGUUGAGGUGAAACAGCCCUUUAGAGACAGACAGGGGUGUUGACAGAGGAUGGCAGAACAUGGUACAGUGUGCUUCAGCUGCUAGGAAGGGAGGGAGCAUGGAGCAAGAGGGCAACAACAGAAGAGGGGAGUAGAGGGAGGGCAGGGAAAGAGAGGGAAUAGAUGUGUGUAGAUUCUUUAGUCUGGAGACAGUAUAGAGCCUGUGGCAAUAUGGCUGCCAAAGAGGCAAGGAACUCCUUUUCUGUAGCUCCUUCGUAGAGAAUGCCUGACUACUUGGUUUGAUAAUGCAAUAGUUGAAUUUUAAGGUUCUUGUGAAUAUAAUAUGCUGUUUUCUGUAAUGACUUGUAGUGAAAUGUGUGCUCUCCAGACUACUGUCUCCUUUGACGUUUAAACUGUGAAAUAGUUCCACCAAGCCUGACUGAUAUGGUUUUAUAUGAGUUAGUCACGGCAGAGAUAGGGAUUAUCAUGAACCAUGUCGCUAUGGAAGCAGCCAAGGAGCCUUAGGGUUCUAUCACACGUCUCAAUUUUGAUAACUCACUCCCCUUUUCACCCUCAUCCACCCGCAGAAAUAUGGUAAAAUGCUUUAGUGCUGAAAUUGCACUAAAUUACUUUAAUUUUCCACUUGCUUCAGCAUCUCAUCUCACCACCAAGUGAUGUCAUUUAUAAUUACAAAUCUUUUAUAAAGAUUUUAAAUUAAAUACUUUUUACGACGGCUUUGUGUAAAGACCAUUUUUAUAUAGAUGGGAGUAUGACUUUAAAAUACUUAUUUUAACAUGAUUGUCCUAAAUUGUCACUUGUGAUUUUUGCAGCUUUCAUGAGUAGUUUAACAGGCUGCUGAUAAAACAUAAAUGGUCUGCUAAGUCAAGGACCUUGUUCUUAAUAAACUCCAAAUAUAUCCAAAUAUAUUAUACUCCAUGAAAAAGGACCUGGAAACUUCAGUUCAAUUAUCACCUUCAUAAACCCAUUAAGUCCCAACAAAGAGUUGAAGAUAAGGAAGGAGAAAGGGAAAGAGAGGAUGACUGUGUGGACUCUUCAGUAGUCUUCUUCCUCUUCCCACUGUUGGAUCCUUUAGAUUAGAGUUACUGUCCAACGGUUUGUAUGACAGCUGGAUCCAGUAGUACCCCAUCACUCAAAGCUAUGCUCACCAUGUAGACACAGUCUCACACACGUACAAAUGGACACACUCUCACAUGCACAUACUCACACACUCUCACUUAUCCACAUCCACAUACCUUGUCCUACUUACAGUAUCAAACAUACGCUAUCACAUUCUCUCACUCGGAGACACAUGAGCACAGACACUCAUUCCCUCUGUCUGUUCCUGGAUGCCACUAUGUUUGAUUUAUCUCUCUUGUCUCACCAGUUCCUGGGCCAGGAGUCAGUGUGAGAGACAGUAUACUAUAUAUCCAUUCUGCUUUGCUACAUUACACUGCCAUACGCCUAGGGACCCAGGUCUCUCCCAGCCAAGACCUCUGGGCCUCCUCCAGAACACAACACACACUGCCAGACACAUCAGGAGGACACACACACACAGAGGAGAGAUACAGUGGAGCAGACAGAGAGCGUUUUGGCUGGAUGUUUUAUAAAGUCUCUGUUCGUGUGUCACAGCACUGCGUCUGGCUGAGUGAGGAGUGCUAGUCUCUGGAGCGUAGAGUAGAGCUGGGCAGGUUUACAUUGUGAUGGCUGAGAGGGACUGGGACCACUCCAAUACAUCACACCCACCCCAGUGACCAUGGGGGAUCCUGCCUGCACAUGAUUUAGACCCUAUAAACAGUUACAGUUAGCAGCCAGAAAACACUCCUUUAACUGCAAGUCUCUAAUAACUCAUAAAUUCAGGGGAUUUCCUCUGGUGACCAUGUUUGCGUCCAAUGAAAUCAGGUAAUGAAAUUAUACCCAGUCCUCUACUCUACUAGAUAUCAAUGAUUUGCUAAUAUUACACCAUGUUCCAAUUUGUUAGUGUUUCUUUAUUAUGUUUUUUUCCCCCUGCUACAUGAAAGCAUAUGGCUAACGUCAACGGGUCAUUCACAUUGGUUCAGCCUUUCACCAAGGCUGAUGUGUGUGUGUGGGAGGGAAUUUAGUACUUAGUGGUUAGGGGCUUGGAGUGGGGGAGCAUGUGUUCUUUUGAACCAGUGUGCUGAGAUAAGGGCACCGUCCCACACGUAUUCCCCUGCUGGGCCCCUGAGGGUGAGCUGACCCCUGUUGACCCUGAGUUGUGAUCACACAGACCCUUUUUUAUUAGCUGACGAGAGAACAGCUUUCCACAGAUUGAUGGCUCUGGAUCUUUUUUUGAAUUUCCGUUUGUCGAUAAUUCUACUUUUCUUUUGUUUUCCGUUUAGAUCUGCCUCCUCUGUUUUCCCUCUCUCCUGAUCCUCUAAUCCUCUUCCACACUCCUGCAUAGGAACCUCCGCUCUGUCUGUGCGUGCGUUUAUGGCGCACGCAUUUGGGUGUGUGUCCUUUAUCCCUGCAUGUCUUCACAUACACAGCUCUGGCUGAAGGCAUGUUGUGUUAAAGUGCUUUUCAGAGAUAAGAUAAUACCCUCAUCAUUCUGCCUGCUGGGAAAUGGAGGGAACAAGAAGGGGGUGAAGACACCAUGAAUAUAAUCCUCCCUCAUUGCCUCUCUUACUCCUGUCCUUCUUUCACUCUCAUUCAGUUUCCCUGCCUCCAUUUCUCUCUGUCUCUUCCUGUGGUUGACGUGUAGUGUUGAGGUGGUCCAGUGUAUUGAGAGAGCAGGCAUGUGUCUCCGUCAUGCUGUUAUUGAACCCCAGCCUCAGCCUUAGCUGUAUUGCUGCCUGGCCCUGGGGCUGAGAAUGGAUGUCAGAGGAAGGCUAGAUAACUUCAUCACUGCAGCAGCAUCUCCACAGAUCUGGCUGAGAGACGGUUGAGAGUUGGAAGAAGAUGGAGAGAGAGAGAGAGGAACCGAGAGAGACAGAGAGAGAGAAAGGGAGAGAGAGGGAGAAAGAGAGAGAGGGGGAGAGAGGGAGAAAGAGGGAGAGGGGGAGAGAGACAGAGAGAGAGAAAGGGAGAGAGAGGGAGAGGGAGGGAGAGAAGAGGGGGGGGGAGAGAGAGCAGCUGUCUCUAUGGGCCUCUCUCUGUCCUCUACUGGCCGUGGUGUAUUUCAGCCAAGAUGCUGAGAAAGCCCAAACCCCCAUGUCUGCUAUAAGACUCUGAGAGCACUCAUCACAUGCUUAAUAAAUUCGGCCUUUAAAAUAAACAACUCCCUCUUUUAGCCACAGUAAAACAAUAACGACAGGGAGGGGUGCAUGCAUGUGACAAGGGCAUUGUGUGUGUGUCUGUCUGUCUGUCUGUCUGUGUGUGUGUGUGUGUGUGUGUGUGUGUGUGUGUGUGUGUGUAUGUGUGUGUGUGUGUGUGUGUGUGUGUGUGUGUGUGUGUGUGUGUGUGUGUGUGUGUGUGUGUGUGUGUGUGUGUGUGUGUGUGUGUGUGUGUGUGUGUGUGUGUGUGUGUGUGUGUGUGUGUGACUUAUGACAUUUUACUGGUGUCUACGCCUGGUUUUAUUCACGCUUACAUUCACAUUUGAGUCAUUUAGCAGACGCUCUUAUCCAGAGCGACUUAGAGUUAGUGCAUUAAUCUUAAGAUAGCUAGGUGGGACAACCACAUAUCACAGGCAUAGUAAGUACACUUUUCCUCAAUAAAGUAGCUAUCAGCAAAGUCAGAGCUAGAAAGGGGGGGUCGAGGUGAGGAGGGGGAUCAUUUAAGAUAUUAUUUGAGGAGGUAGGGUUUCAGGUGCUUUCGGAAGAUGGGCAGGGACUCUGCUCUCCUAGCUUCAGGGGGAAGCUGGUUCCACCAUUGGGGUGCCAGGACAGAGAAGAGCUUGGACCUGGCUGAGCGGGAGCUGCCCUCCUGUAGGGGUGGGAGGGCCAAGAGACCAGAGGUGGCAGGACGGAGUGCUUGGGUUGGUGUGUAGGGUUUGAGCAUAGCCUGAAGGUAGGGUGGGCAUUUCCUCUUGCUGCUACUUAGGCAAGCACCAUGGUCUUGUAGUGAACGCGAGCUUCAACUGGAAGCUAGUGGAGUGUGCGGAGGAGCGGGGUGACAUGGGAGAACUUGGGAAGGUUGCAAACCUACGCUUCUAGGAUGCAGAGCAGCUUAGGCAUCUAGAAACACGCACGCACACAGCUCUGGCUCUUUUCUCUCCAACUACUUAAGCCUCCACAUUGCAGCCUGCCACUGAGUAAACACUUCAUGGCCCUGAUCUGGACACUUAACUCUGAGAAAGGCCCCAUGUUGAACCAAGUAGCCAUCCCCAGUCCUCUCUCCUGAGCCUCUGGCCCUUGCUGACCCCCUCUCCCCCAGCCCUGCUCUCUCCCCAGCCCUGCUCUCUCCCCAGCCCUGCUCCAUCCCCAGCCCUGCUCUCUCCCCAGCCCUGCUCUCUCCCCAGCCCUGCUCUCUCCCCAGCCCUGCUCUCUCCCCAGCCCUGCUCCAUCCCUAGCCCUGCUCCAUCCCUCCCUCUGUCAUGCUCUGGGUGCCUGUCCUCCCCUUAUCACCCCUUUGUGCUCUACACAGAGCAUACACACUUAUCUCCAAUGGUGCAAAACACAAACAGCUUGCGGGCCAGAGGGCUCUCUCUAUUUCUGUCUGUCAGGGAAACCAGAUUUGAGACAGACCAACGCGCCUCUCUAACACUGCCCAGACCCAGGCCCUGGCGGCUGGGUUCAGGAGAGGGGGAGCUGGGGUGGCUGGUUCAUAUCGGGGUGAGAUAAAAGGUGUAGAUGUAUAGAUUUGUAGCACAAAGGACCAGUGUGGAGAUGAAAUGAGAGGGCUUCCAUCUGGGCUGAUAUCAGUGAGACAAGAGCAGCACACACAGAGAAAUAAGAUAGAACUAUACAACCAUCCACACACACACACAAACACACACUCACAGUAUUUGUCUUGGCUUACUCAUUCAUUAAAUGCCAGGGAGGGGGAGUUGUGCCAGCUCAUGCCUGCCCGCCUGCCUGGUCUCGCUCGCCUGGUGCUGAAAGCUCAGGUCCUUUAAAGGUCAUUUAACUGCUAUUAAUUAUUCUCAUAAAGCCAUUGGAUUUAGUUCAACUAGCAGAGUUACACUUUAUGUAUUUAUCUUAUUGCAAUAGUCUUGUUACAUUUAUUCAGCACCCACAUGUGACCCACCAAAACAGCAGAAUGUGUUGUGAUUAUUAUUAAAGUGCAUUCUGCACUGUUGUAUGGUUCAUUUGUGUCCAGGUGCCAACUAUUUGAAUGAUUCCUAUUAUCUCUCCGAUCUGUUUGUUGACGUAGAGCAAGUGUGUUUGUGUGUUCGUGCACUCAUGCGUGUGCAUGUGUGUGUGUUGAUGUCUGUCACAUUGUUGUGCUUUAUUUAGGUUGAGGUGGAGAUGCUCCGGAUAUCCAAGGCUAUACGUGGAUAAGCCAUUGAAAUUCCAGCAUGCAAAGAGAACAAGGUUGUGAAUGUGUGUGUAUGUGUGUGUGUGUGUAUGUGGACACACUGAACUGCCAUGUAACAUGUGUUGGUGAAGGGGCCUGUAGGCACAGUAGAAGCAGGUUUAUUUCCAGAGCGUGCCCAGGGGGGCCUCAUAAAGCCAUGCUAAUCCUCCUCUUGUAUUUCUCCAUGUGCUCCCGGCCAGAGGGAAGAGAGACAGACAGAGUGCUGGGACUGAGAUCUCUGCCAACUCCACCUCUAGUUGAGCUGCUUUCCUUCCUGCCUUUUACACUGUUUAUUUUGAUGAUAAAGACUUGUCAUUGCAGAACAGAAGAAACCCCUUCAGUUAGAGAUACUAUUGAGAAAUCUGCUCUUUCUCUCUCUCUCUGUCCCUCUGAGAGUACGAUAGAUAGCCAUGUGGUUGUACCUGGGUAAAGGUCUAAAGCACAUGUCAAACUCACCCCAUUCCAUGGGGAAAAUCAACCUCAACCGAGCUACUCACUCUCACAACGAACAAUCACUCACAAAGGACAAGGGGGCAGAGGGAAUACUUAUACACAGACUAAUGAGGGAAUGAGUACCAGGUGUGUGUGAUUGACAAGACAAGACAAGAUCAUUUUUGUAUCCAAAAUGCAAUCUGGAAAACUAUGUUUAAUGCUAUAUUGAUAGUAAAUGGACCGAUUAUAUGGCAAGAGAACAACAGUACCACCUUUUUCAUUGUCAAUAAUUAAAUUUUCCCUAUAUUCUUGAUGAAGAAUGUUAAGCUCACUGGUUUGAGACCACAAAAUCAACCAAAUCCACUAAAUAGCGCUGCUAAUAACUCUAUGUUGAAAAUACUUUGAUUGAAGAAAAAUAGUUCAAAUCAAAUAUAUUGGUCACAUACACAUGGUUAGCAGAUGUUAUUGCGAGUGUAGCGAAAUGCUUGUGCUUCUAGUUCCGACAGUGCAGCAAUAUCUAGCAAGUAAUAUCUAACAGUUCCACAACAAAUACCUAAUACACACAAAUCUAAGUAAAGGAAUGGAAUAGGAAUAUAUAAAUAUAUGGAUGAGCAAUGUCAUUGUCAGAGUGGUAUUGGCUAAAAUGCAAUAGAUAGUAUAGAAUAAAGUAUAUACAUAUGAGAUGGGUAAUGCAAGAUAUGUAAACGUUAUUAAAGUGGCAUUAUUAAAGUGACUAGUGUUCCAUUUAUUAAAGUGGCCAGUGAUUUUCAAGUCUGUAUGUAGGCAGCAGCCUGUCUGUGCUAGUGAUGGCUGUUUAACAGUCUGAUGGCCUUGAGAUAGAAGCAGUUUUUCAGUCUCUCGGUCCCAGCUUUGAUGCACCUGUACUGACCUCACCUUCUGGAUGAUAGUGGGGUGAACAGGCAGUGGCUCGGGUGGUAGUUGUCCUUGAUUAUCUUUUUGGCCUUCCUGUGACAUCGGAUGCUGUAGGUGUCCAGGAGGGCAGGUAGUUUGCCCCUGGUGAUGCGUUGUGCAGACCGCACCACCCUCUGGAGUUGUGGGCGGUGCGGUUGCCGUACCAGGCGGUGAUACACCCCGACAGGAUGCUCUCAAUUGUGCAUCUGUAAAAGUUUGUGAGGGUUUUAGGUGACAGGCCAAAUUUCUUCGUUCAGAGGUUAAAUUAAAAAAUAUAUAUAGGUUCAUUAUCAUUUUCUACACACUUUCUACAUGGUUUUAGUCGAGGAUGUUUAAUUAAUAUAUACUGUAGAUACAGUGCAUUCGGAAAGUAUUCAGACCCCUUAACUUUUUCCACAUUUUGUUACGUUACAUCCUUAUUCUAAAAUUGAUUAAAUUGUUUUUUCCCCCCCUCAUCAAUCUACACACAAUACCCCACAAUGACAAAGCAAAAACAGUUUUUAGACAUCUUUGCAAAUAAAAAAAUAAAAAAAUAAAAAAAGGAAAUAUCACAUAUCACAUCACAGUAUUCAGACCCUUUACUGAGGACUUUGUUAAAGCACCUUUGGCAGCAAUUACAGCCUUGAGUCUUCUUGUGUAUGACGCUACAAUCUUGGCACACCUGUAUUUGUGGAGUUUCUCCCAUUCUUCUCUGCAGAUCCUCUCAAGCUCUGUCAGGUUGGAUGGGGAGCGUCAUUGCACAGCUAUUUUCAGGUCUCUCCAGAGAUGUUCGAUAGAGUUCAAGUCCGGGCUCUGGCUGGGCCACUCAAGGACAUUCAGAGACUUGUCCCGAAGCCACUCCUGCAUUUGUGUGUGCUUAGGGUCGUUGUCCUGUUUGAAGGUGAACCUUCACCCCAGUCUGAGGUCCUGAGCGCUCUGGAGCAGGUUUUCAUCAAGGAUCUCUCUGUACUUUGCUCCGUUCAUCUUUCCCUUGAUCCUGACUAGUCUCCCAGUCCCUGCCGCUGAAAACAUCCCCACAGCAUGAUGCUGCCACCACCAUGCUUCACCGUAGGGAUGGUGCCAGGUUUCCUCCAGACGUGACGCUUGGCAUUCAGGCCAAAUAGUUAAAUCUUGGUUUCAUAAGACCAGAGAAUCUUGUUUCUCAUGGUCUGAGAGUCCUUUAGGUGCCUUUUGGCAAACUCCAAGCGGGCUGUCAUGUGCCUUUUACUGAGGAGUGGCUUCGGUCUGGCCACUCUACAUAAAGGCCUGAUUGGUGGAGUACUGCAGAGAUGGUUGUCCUUCUGGAAGUUUCUCCCAUCUCCACAUAGGAGCUCUGGACCUCUGUCAGAGUGACCAUCGGGUUCUUGGUCACCUCCCAGACCAAGGCCCUUCUCCCCGGAUUGCUCAGUUUGGCCGUGCGGCCAGCUCUAUGAAGAGUUUUGGUGAUUCCAAACAUAUUCCAUUUAAGAAUGAUGGAGGCCACUGUGUUCUUGGGGACCUUUAAUGCUGCAGAAAUAUUUUGGUACCCUUCUCCAGAUCUGUGCCUCGACACAAUCCUGUGUUGGAGCUCUAUGGACAAUUCCUUCGACCUCAUGGCUUUGUUUUUGUCUGACAUGCACUGUCAACUGUGGGACCUUAUAUAGACAGGUUACCACAGGUGGACUCCAAUCAAGUUGUAGAAACAUCUCAAGGAUGAUCAAUGGAAACAGGAUGCACCUGAGCUCAAUUCCGAGUUUCAUAGCAAAGGGUCUGAAUACUUAUGUAAAUAUGGUAUUUCUGUUUUUUAUUUUUAAUACAUUUGCAAAAGUUUCAAAAACCUGUUUUCACUUUGUCAUUAUGGGGUAUUGUGCGUAUAUUGAUGAGGGGAAAAAAAUAUUUAAUCAAUUUUAGAAUAAGGCUAUAACAUAACAAAAUGUGGAAAAAGUCAAGGGGUCUGAAUACUUUCUGAAUGCACUGUAUAUAUACACUACCGUUGAAAAAUAUUGAGGACAAAUACAUUAGAGUGUCUAGUUUGAAAAACAGAUGCCUCACAGGUCCUCAACUUGUAGCUUCAUUAAAUAGUACCUGCAAAACACCAGUCUCAACGUCAACAGUAAAGAGGCAACUCCGGGAUGCUGACCCUCUAGGCAGAGUUGCAAAGAAAAAGCCAUAUCUCAGACUGGCCAAUAAAAAUAAAAGAUUAAGAUAGGCAGUCUGAGAUAUGGCUGUUUCUUUGCCUAGAAGGUCAGCAUUCCUGAGUCACCUCUUCACUGUUGACGUUGUGACUGGUGUUUUGCGGGUACUGUUUAAUGAAGCUGCCAGUUGAGGACCUGUGAGGCAUCUGUUUCUCAAACUAGACACUCUAAUGUAUUUGUCAUCUUGCUCAGUUGUGCACCGGGGCCUCCCACUCCUCUUUCUAUUCUGGUUAGAGCCAGUUUGCGCUGUUCUGUGAAGGGAGUAGUACACAGCGUUGUACAAGAUCUUCAGUUUCUUGCAUGGAUAGCCUUCAUUUCUCAGAACGAGAAUAGACUGACGAGUUUCAGAAGAAAGUUAUUUGUUUCUGGCCAUUAUGAGCAUGUAAUUGAACCCACAAUUGCUGAUGCUCAAGAUACUCCACUAGUCUCAAGAAGGCCAGUUUUAUUGCUUCUUUAAUCAGCACAACAGUUUUCAGCUGUGCUAACAUAAUUGCAAAAGGGUUUUCUAAUUAUCAAUUAGCCUUUUAAAAUGAUAAACUUGGAUUAGCAAACACAACGUGCCAUUGGAACACAGGACUGAUGGUUGCUGAUAAUGGGCCUCUGUACGCCUAUGUAGAUAUUCCAUUCAAAAGCAGCCGUUUCCAGCUACAAUAGCCAUUUACAACAUUAACAAUGUCUACACUGUAUUUCUGAUCAAUUUGAUGUUAUUUUAAUUUUUGAUUCUUCAAAGUAGCCACCCUUUGCCUUGAUGACAGCUUAGCACACUGUUUGUUGUAAUCUUUGAUCAGUUCCGUUGGAUGUUUGUUUAACCUGGAAGAAGACAGAGGGAGAUGUGUGGAACCAGGACAGUGUUACAAUAACUGUUCAUCAUUAUAAUUAUACAUUUUAGUCAUUUAGCAGACACUCUUAUCCAGAGCAACUUACAGUUAGUGAAUACAUUUUUUUUCUUCAUACUUGCCCCCUGUGGGAAUCGAACCCACAACCCUGGCGUUGCAAACACCAUGCUCUACCAACUGAGCUACUUCCCUCCCCUACCCUGGACGACGCUGGGCCAAUUGUGCGCCGCCCCAUGGGUCUCCCGGUCACGGCCGGCUACGACAGAGCCUGGAUUCGAACCAGGAUCUCUAGUGGCACAGCUAGCACUGCGAUGCAGUGCCUUAGACCACUGUGCCACUCAGGAGGUUACACAGACUUAUCAUCUUGUGGCCCAGCUCUAUUGCUUCACUCAUUGUACAAGGCUAUCUUUCAUUCAUAAACCAUCUCCAUGAAUGACUCUCCUCAUAGUGUGUAAAGUGAUCUUAGUGGCCAUGUACUCUUAUAAUCUCCACCCGGCACAACCAGAAGAGGGCUGGCCACCCCUCAGAGCCUGGUUCCGCUCUAGGUUUAUUCCUAGGUUCCUGCCUUUCUGGGGAGUUUUUCCUAGCCACCGUGCUUCUACAUCUGCAUUGCUUGCUGUUUGGGGUUUUAGGCUGGGUUUCUGUAUAAGCACUUUGUGACAUCUGCUGAUGUAAAAAGGGCUUUAUAAAUAAAUGUGAUUGAUUGAUUAAGGAAAUCACAGAUUAAAAUCAAAAUGAUUUCUCAUUUGUGUUCCUUGUUUGUGUAACCUCCAGUAACUGAGGUCUAUAAUACUUCAUUUAUUGUUGAAGUGUAAACCCAGACCCAGGGCCUACCUCCCAGGGCCAAGCUGUCAGUCAUCACAGCUGAGGUUAACAGUGACACGGAUUAGGUCAGAUUUGACCCCCACCGGGUGUGUGUGACCUGUGUUAGUGUCUCAUGUCUCUGCCGUGGUGUCAGGUUCCCAUGUCCCCCUGUGUGAGUCAGUCUCAGUUGAGUAUGGGCUCAGUGUUCCUCACACCACCACCCUGGAGGCCACAGCCUAAUCAGCUUUGAUCCCGCCCCACAGCCACUGGAAGUAAAUGGGGUCUAAUCCCCAGAAAGCGCUAUAAAACACAGAGGAAUGCCUGGCACACAGGAGACCAUUCAAGCAGGGAUUACACAGAAAGCAGCUCAGUCUCAUGCGACCAGUACCCCGCCAUGUGUGUGUGUCCGUGCGUGAAUGUGUGCGUGCAUAUAUACUGAACAAAAAUAUAAACGCAAUAUGCAAACAUUUCAAAUAUUUUACUGAGUUACCGUUCAAAUAAGGAAAUCAGUCAAUUGAAAUUCAUUAGGCCUUAAUCUAUGGAUUUCACAUGACUGGAAAUACAGAUAUGCAUCUGUUGGUCACAGAUACCUUUAAAAAAAUGUAGGGGCAUGGAUCAGAAAAACAGUCAGUAUCUGGUGUGACUACCGUUUGCCUCAUGCAGCGCUACACAUCUCCUUCGCAUAGAGUUGAUCAGGCUGUUGAUUGUGGCCUGUGGAAUGUUGUUCCACUCCUCUUCAAUGGCUGUGUGAAGUUGUUGGUUUUGGUGGGAACUGGAAUACGCUGUCGUACACGUCAAUCAAGAGCAUCCCAAACAUGCUCAAUGGGUGACAUGUCUGGUGAGUAUGCAGGCCAUGGAAGAACUGGGACAUUUUCAGCUUCCAGGAAUUGUGUACAGAUCCUUGCGACAUGGGGCUGUGCAUUAUCAUGCUGAAACAUGAGGUGAUGACGGCAGAUGAAUGGCACGACAGUGGGCCUCAGGAUCUCGUCACGGUAUAUCUGUGCAUUCAAGUUGCCAUUGAUAAAAUGUAAUUGUGUUCGUUGUCCGUAGCUUAUGCUUGCCCAUACCAUAACCCCACCGCCAUCAUGGGGCACUCUGUUCACGACUUUGACAUCAGCAAACCGCUCGCCCACCAAACGCCAUAUGCAGUUGUGAGGCCGGUUGGACGUACUGCCAAAUUCUCUAAAACAACGUUGGAGGUGGCUUAUGGUAGAGAAAUUAACAUUCAAUUCUCUGGCAACAGCUAUGGUGGACAUUCCUGCAGUCAGCAUGCCAAUUGCACGCUCCCUCAAAACAUGAGACAUCUGUGGUAUUGUGUUGUGCACAUUUUAGAGUGGCCUUUUAGUGUCAUGUUGCGUUUAUAUUUUUGUUCAGUAUAUGAGUGCCAGUACUAGUUCACUGUGCAGGGGUACGAGGUAUUUGAGGUAGAUAUAUACAUGAAGGCAGAGUAAAGUGACUCGGCCCGCGGGUGAUUUUAUUUGGCCCCCGAAGUUUUCUUAGCAAAAGAUCAGCUCCAAGUGAUUUUAAUUUUGGAAGUCAAUUUUGCAACUCAAUAUUAGGAAGGUGUUCCUAAUGUUUGGUACACUCAGUGUAGUCUUGUGAGUGUGCAUAGUCAGUGCAAGAUAGGGUCCGUGCAGAUAGUCCAGGUACCCAUUUAAUUAACUAUUUAUCAGUCUUAUGGCUAUUUAUCAGUCUUAUGGCUUGAGAGUAGAAGCUGUCUCGGAGCCUGUUGGUCCAAGAGCCGAUGCUCCGGUACCGUUUGCCGGACGGUAGCAGAGGAAACAGUCUAUGGCUUGGGUGGCUGGAGUCUUUGGCAGACGCUGCCUGAUAUAUAAGUCCUGGAUGGCAGGGAGCUCGGCCCCAGUGAUGUACUGGGUUGUCCGCACCACCCUCUGUAGCACUUUGUGGUCGAGGGUGGUGCGUUUGUCAUACCAAGCGGUGAUGCAGCCAGUCAAGAUGCUCUCGAUGGUGCAGCUGUAUAAAUUUUUGAGGAUCCGAGUGCCCAUGCCAAAUCUUUUUAGCCUCCUGAGGGGGAAGAGGCGCUGUCGGGCCCUCUUCACGGCUGUGCGGGUGUGUGUGGACCAUGUUACAUCCUUAGUGAUGUGGACGCCAAGGAACUUGAAGCUCUCGACCCGCUCCACUACAGCCCUGUCGAUGUGGAUGGGGGCGUGCUCUCCCCUCUUUCUCUUGUAGCCCACGAUCAGCUCCUGGUAUUCCCGGCAGCCUUGCGAGUGUUAACCUGUUCAGUUUUACUCACAUCGGCCACUGAGAGAGAUAUCACACAGUCAUCCUGAACAACCGGAGCUUUCACGCAAGGCUCAGUGUUGUAUUCCUCGAAGCGAGCAUAAUUAGACAUGGAAGUUCUGCAUCACUGGGCAUCUCACGGCUGGGUUUCUCUUUGUAAUCCGUUAACGUCUGCAAACCCUGCCACAUACGACAAGCGGCAGAGCCGGUUUAAUAGGAUUCCACCUUCCUCCUGUAUUGUCCUUUUGCAUGUUUGAUGUCUCGUCAGAGGUUGUAGCGGGUUUUCUUGUAUGCGCCCAAGUCUGUGUCCUGUUCAUUGUAAGCGGUCGCUCUAGCCUUUAGCCCAGCACGGAUAUUGCCUGUAAUCCAUGGUUUUUGGUUUGGAUACGUUCGUAUAGUCACUGUGGGGACGACGUCAUCUAUACACCUAUUGAUGAAGCCCAUGACUGAGAUGGUAAACUCCUCAAUACUAUCGGAUGAAUCCCAGAAGAUUAUGUCCCAGUCUGUACUAGCAGAACAGUCUUGUAGCCUUGCGUUUACUUCAUCGGACCACUUCCGUAUUGAGCGUGUCACUGGUACUUCCUGUUGGAGCUUUUGUUUGUAAACAGGAACCAGGAGAAUAGAGUCAGGGUUAGAUUUGCCGAAGGGAGGACAAGGGAGGGGCUUGUAUGCGUUUCUGAGGGUAGAAUAAAAGUGGUCUAGAGUUUUAGCACCCCUAGUGGCGCAGGAGACAUGUUGGUGAAAGUGAGGUAGAACGGAUGCCUCUGGGUGUUGUUCUUGUGUUUUUUUUUUUUUUCGUGUUUUUUUUGGGGGGGUAGAUCAGCUUAAUAUUGCAGAUAGAUUGUAACUUCCAUCAAUGUAAUUGUCUGCAUCACUUCCAAUCCCCCAUGUUUUUUAUAUAUAUACUCCCCUUUAUUACUUUUCAACCCCGCCAUCAUUUCCCUACUUGGGGUAAAUUAGUGAACAACAAUGCCCAGGCCUCUACUUCCAGCCUAUACUUACUAUCUACACCUUAUGGACACAGUCAAUUUUACAAUAAUUCUAUUUUAUUUGUUUUUGCUCCUGAACUUCUUCUACUCUCAACCUCUCCGAUCAUUUUCAUGCUGUCCAUCCGGAUUGCUUCUAUAUGCCAUAUCUUUCUAACUGUGCUCUUUCCCAAAAGCUCCCAACAUACAACCUAUAUACUUAUUAUGGACACAGUAUGCUUACAUUAUUAGUUAUCUUGUUAUUAUUUGUUGUUAUUUAUUAUUAGUCCCAUCCUUCAACUCCAUUCAAUACCUCCCAUCUAUCUCUUAACACCAUCCAUAUAGGAUUUCUAUUUGCCAUAUAUAUUUCAACCGUACUGUGAUGUUUUUACAAAAGUUCUGAACCUUUCUAUUCUCAUUGCUUCUACAGAUUGUGAAUUAAAAAUAAAAAAAUUUGCUAAAAGUAUUAUUAUAUUAUUGAUCGAUUGACUAUGACUUUUCAGAUCACCCAGUAAUGCUAUCUGCAAGGUUAGCUCCAGGUAAAUAUUGCAAUCCUUUAGCCAUUCCUGGACCUGUGUCCAAAAACAAGCUACAAAUGGACAGAACCAAAACAAAUGAUCUAAUGUCUCUUCACAGCAAAAUCUGCAGAGCUGGGAAGAUUGUAUCCCCCAUAUAAAUAACAUUCUAUUGGUAGCAAGAAUUUUAUAUAAUAAUUUAAAUUUAAAGAUUCUAAUUUUUGAAUCCAGUGUCGUUUUGCGUGUCAGUUCAUAAACACUAUGCCAUGGGAUUGGUACGUCAAAAAUCUCUUCCCAACUAUUUUGCAAUUUAUACAGUGGGGAAAAAAAGUAUUUAGUCAGCCACCAAUUGUGCAAGUUCUCCCACUUAAAAAGAUGAGAGAGGCCUGUAAUUUUCAUCAUAGGUACACGUCAACUAUGACAGACAAAUUGAGAUUUUUUUUCUCCAGAAAAUCACAUUGUAGGAUUUUUUAUGAAUUUAUUUGCAAAUUAUGGUGGAAAAUAAGUAUUUGGUCACCUACAAACAAGCAAGAUUUCUGGCUCUCACAGACCUGUAACUUCUUCUUUAAGAGGCUCCUCUGUCCUCCACUCGUUACAUGUAUUAAUGCCACCUGUUUGAACUUGUUAUCAGUAUAAAAGACACCUGUCCACAACCUCAAACAGUCACACUCCAAACUCCACUAUGGCCAAGACCAAAGAGCUGUCAAAGGACACCAGAAACAAAAUUGUAGACCUGCACCAGGCUGGGAAGACUGAAUCUGCAAUAGGUAAGCAGUUUGGUUUGAAGAAAUCAACUGUGGGAGCAAUUAUUAGGAAAUGGAAGACAUACAAGACCACUGAUAAUCUCCCUCGAUCUGGGGCUCCACGCAAGAUCUCACCCCGUGGGGUCAAAAUGAUCACAAGAACGGUGAGCAAAAAUCCCAGAACCACACGGGGGGACCUAGUGAAUGACCUGCAGAGAGCUGGGACCAAAGUAACAAAGCCUACCAUCAGUAACACACUAUGCCGCAAGGGACUCAAAUCCUGCAGUGCCAGAUGUGUCCCCCUGCUUAAGCCAGUACAUGUCCAGGCCCGUCUGAAGUUUGCUAGAGUGCAUUUGGAUGAUCCAGAAGAGGAUUGGGAGAAUGUCAUAUGGUCAGAUGAAACCAAAAUAGAACUUUUUGGUAAAAACUCAACUCGUCGUGUUUGGAGGACAAAGAAUGCUGAGUUGCAUCCAAAGAACACCAUACCUACUGUGAAGCAUGGGGGUGGAAACAUAAUGCUUUGGGGCUGUUUUUCUGCAAAGGGACCAGGACGACUGAUCAGUGUAAAGGAAAGAAUGAAUGGGGCCAUGUAUCGUGAGAUUUUGAGUGAAAACCUCCUUCCAUCAGCAAGGGCAUUGAAGAUUAAACGUGGCUGGGUCUUUCAGCAUGACAAUGAUCCCAAACACACCGCCCGGGCAACGAAGGAGUGGCUUCGUAAGAAGCAUUUCAAGGUCCUGGAGUGGCCUAGCCAGUCUCCAGAUCUCAACCCCAUAGAAAAUCUUUGGAGGGAGUUGAAAGUGGAGGAGGAGGAGGAGGAGGAGGAGGAGGAAGAGGAGGGAGGGAAUGCUAAGACACAUCACAGGACAAUACUCUUCUUGGGUUCAGAGAGAGAGAGAGAGAGAGAGAGAGAGAGAGAGCGAGAGAGCGAGCGAGAGAGAGAGAGAGAGAGAGAGAGGUGUUGCCCAGCGACAGCCCCAAAACAUCACUGCUCUAGAGGAGAUCUGCAUGGAGGAAUGGGCCAAAAUACCAGCAACAGUGUGUGAAAACCUUGUGAAAACGUUUGACCUCUGUCAUUGCCAACAAAGGGUAUAUAACAAAGUAUUGAGAAACUUUUGUUAAUGCAAAUUCUUAUUUUCCACCAUAAUUUGCAAAUAAAUUCAUUAAAAAUCCUACAAUGUGAUUUUCUGGAUUUCUUUUUCUCAUUUUGUCUGUCAUAGUUGACGUGUACCUAUGAUGAAAAUUACAGGCCUCUCUCAUCUUUUUAAGUGGGAGAACUUGCACAAUUGGUGGCUGACUAAAUACUUUUUUUCCCCACUGUAUGGGACGGCUGUCAAUCCUUUGGUCCUUAAGUGAAACUGAUAUACUUUUUUAUUUAUCACAGUUUUCCUUAACCAAUUAUGUUCUUUAAUGUAAGGCCGACAGACAAGUUCCUUACUUUCUCCCCCUUCCACUUUCCUCUUCCACUUUUGCGGUAAGGCUGCAAUUAUUUGGUUGUAAUUUUGGGUAGAGCAGACAUUUCCAUAUGUUUUUGUUAGCUGCAUGUGCGACAUAACUCCACCAGUCCUACCGAUGAUAUAAUUACGAAGAUUAUACCUUUUUUAAACAUUUUUCUGUCAAAAAAUAAAGGUUUUUGGUCAAUUUGUAUAUUUGAAUUUAACCACAAUAUUUGUUGCAUUAUUUGUUCUGUCGUUUCUGGAGGAUUAAAUUGAAAUUGCAACCAACUUUCUAUGGCUUGUUUUAGAAAGAGUGAUAUUUGGGAGAUUAUUUCCUUUUCAAAUAACUGAAAAUUAGUGGUUGUAGUCUGAAUAAAGGGAAAAAGGCCAUUCUUGAACAUUGGGUGAGACAAUCUUACUAAUUUGCUUGAGAACCAGUUCGGAUUUAAGUAUAACUUUUGUAUGACUGAAGCUUUUAGUGAUAGGUCUAAUGCUUUAAUAUUUAAUAAUUUCUGUCCUCCGAAUUCAUAUUGUCAGAAGGGAACCGAUGUGGAUGUGGUGGAGGAGUCAGGCGCAGGACACAGAGGUUAAGUCCAACAGACUUUAAUAAUCCAAAGUCAAAUGUCCAAAAGUAACACGACCUCGACAAAACAAGAGGCGAGGGAGAAUUACGCAUACACGCGUAAACACUAAACAUAAAACAAACAGAGUGCAAACACGUAGCUCCGAACAGCAUGACAGUGAAAACAACACACAAUCAUACUAGUGCAAAACAAGGAACUUAUACGACACGUAAUCAACACACAAAUGGACACAGGUGUAACAGACAGACAAAAGCAAUCAAAUAACGAAAACAUAGAGCGGUGGCAGCUAGUACUCCGGGGACGGCGAACGCCGAAGCCUGCCCGAACCAGGAGGAGGAGCAGUCUCGGCCGAAACCGUGACAGUACCCCCCCCCUUGACGUGCGGCUCCAGCCGUGCGCCGACCCCGGCCUCGGGGACGGCCAGGAGGACGCGGACCCGGGCGCGUGGGAUGCCCACGGUGAAACUCAGUCAGGAGGGAUGGAUCGAGUAUGUCCCUCCUGGGCACCCAGCACCGUUCCUCCGGACCGUACCCCUCCCACUCCACGAGAUACUGGAGACCACUCAUCCGGCGCCUCGAGUCCAAGAUGGUCCGGACUCUGUACGCCGGGGCCCCCUCGAUGUCCAAAGGGAGCGGAGGGGUCUCUCCUAUCUCAUCUUCUUGGAGUGGGCCAGCUACCACCGGCCUGAGAAGAGACACAUGGAACGAGGGGUUAAUAUUUUUAUACUCUAUAGGCAGUUGUAACCUGUAACACACCUCGUUCAAUCUUCUCAGGACUUUGAAGGGCCCCACAAACCGCCGACCCAGCUUCCGGCAGGGCAGGCGGAGGGGCAGGUUUCGAGUCGAGAGCCAGACUCGAUCUCCCGGUGCGUAUACCGGUCCCUCACUGCGGUGGCGAUCGGCGCUCGCCUUUUGUUGACGGAUGGCACGCUGCAGAUGGACAUGGGCAGCGUCCCACGUCUCCUCCGAGCGCCGAAUCCACUCGUCCACCGCAGGGGCCUCGAUCUGGCUCUCGUGCCAUGGUGCCAGGACCGGCUGAUAACCUAAAACACACUGGAAAGGUGUUAAAUUGGUGGAGGAGUGGCGGAGAGAGUUCUGGGCCAUCUCUGCCCAGGGAAUGAACCUAGACCACUCCUCCGGCCGGUCCCGGCAAUAGGACCUCAAAAACCUACCCACAUCCUGGUUGACACGUUCCACCUGCCCAUUGCUCUCUGGGUGAUACCCCGAGGUAAGGCUUACCGAGACCCCCAACCGUUCCAUGAACGCCCCCCAAACUCGGGAGGUGAACUGGGGACCUCGGUCAGACACUAUAUCCUCGGGGACCCCAUAGUGCCGGAACACAUGGGUAAAUAGGGCCUCAGCGGUUUGUAGGGCAGUAGGGAGACCCGGCAUGGGAAGGAGACGACAGGCCUUGGAAAACCGAUCCACAACGACCAAAAUGGUGGUAUUCCCCUGGGAGGGGGGUAGGUCGGUUACGAAAUCCACCGAUAGGUGGGACCAUGGUCGUUGUGGAACGGGCAGGGGAUGUAGCUUACCCCUGGGCAAAUGUCUAGGCGCCUUACACUGGGCACACACCGAGCAGGAGGAGACAUAAACCCUCACAUCCCUAGCUAACGUUGGCCACCAGUAUUUCAUGCUAAGACAGUGCACGGUCCGGCCAAUACCUGGAUGUCCAGAGGAGGGUGAUGUAUGAGCCCAAUAAAUAAGACGAUCACGAAUCUCGAGCGGCACGUACGUCCGCCCCACAGGACACUCGGGGGGAGUAGGGUCGGUACGCAGUGCCCGCUCGAUUUCCGCAUCGACCUCCCAUACCACCGGAGCCACCAAACAAGACUCCGGCAAUAUGGAAGUAGGCUCGUUGGACCUCUCCUCUGUGUCAUACCGCCGGGACAGGGCGUCUGCCUUACCAUUCUGGGACCCAGGGAUGUAUGUGAUCUUAAAAACAAACCGGGUUAGGAACAUGUUCCACCUAGCCUGACGAGGGUUCAAUCUCCUAGCUGCCCGGAUGUACUCCAGGUUACGGUGAUCAGUCAGAAUGAGGAAAGGGUGUUGAGCCCCCUCAAGCCAAUGCCUCCACACCUUUAGGGCCUGGACUACGGCUAACAGCUCCCUGUCCCCAACAUCAUAGUUGCGCUCCGCCGAGCUGAGCUUCUUGGAGUAGAACGCACAGGGGCGGAGUUUAGGUGGCGUGCCGGACCGCUGUGACAGAACUGCCCCAAUACCGGUCUCGGACGCGUCUACCUCUACUUGGAAUGGCAAAGAGGGAUCCGGAUGCGCCAGCACAGGAGCCGAGGUGAACAGGUUCUUUAGUUUGACAAAUGCCCUGUCCGCCUCAGCCGACCACUGCAAACGAACCUGACCCCCCUUUAGCAGGGACGUAAAGGGAGCUGCAACCUGUCCAAAACCCCGAAUAAACCUCCGGUAGUAAUUAGCAAAACCCAAGAACUGCUGCACCUCUUUUACCGUUGUUGGAGUUUGCCAAUUACACACGGCCGAUACCCGGUCUACCUCUAUCUCCACACCAGACGCGGACAACCGAUAACCCAAAAAGGAGACGGACUCCUGGAAGAACAGGCAUUUCUCUGCCUUGACAUACAAGUCAUGCUCCAACAGUCUUCUCAACACUCGGCGCACCUGGGCUACAUGCUCGGCUCGUGUAGAAGAAUACACUAGGAUGUCGUCGAUGUAAACUACUACACCCUGCCCAUGCAUGUCCCGGAAAAUCUCGUCAACAAAGGAUUGGAAGACUGAAGGAGCAUUCAUUAACCCGUAUGGCAUGACGAGAUACUCGUAAUGACCCGAGGUGGUGCUAAAUGCUGUUUUCCAUUCAUCCCCCUCCCUAAUGCGCACCAGAUUAUACGCGCUCCUGAGAUCCAACUUUGUGAAGAACCGCGCUCCGCGUAACGAUUCCGUCAUCGUCGCAAUCAGUGGAAGUGGGUAACUGUAUUUAACUGUGAUCUGAUUGAGACUACGGUAAUCAAUACACGGGCGCAAUCCCCCGUCCUUCUUCUUCACAAAGAAGAAACUCGAGGAGACCGGGGAAGUGGAGGACCGUAUGUAUCCCUGUGCCAAGGACUCGGCUAUGUAAGUCUCCAUAGCCGCUGUCUCCUCUUGAGACAGGGGAUACACACGACUCCGUGGCAGAGCCGCUCCUGUUUGGAGAUUUAUCGCACAGUCCCCCUGUCUAUGAGGAGGUAGCCGUGUUGCCCUCGAUUUGCUAAACACAAGUGCUAAAUCCUCAUACUCAGGGGGAAUGCGCAGUGCGGGCACUUGGUUCGGACUCUCUACCGAGGUCGCCCCUACGGAAACACCUAAACAUCUCCCUACACACUGGGCAGACCACUCCAUAAGAGCUCUCUGUUGCCACGCUAUGGUAGGAUCAUGGGUACUUAACCAGGGAAGGCCCAACACCACGGGGUACGCAGGAGAGUCAAUCAGAUAAAACUGAAUGAUCUCCUCAUGACCCCCCUGCGUCGUCAUCGUCAGUGGUGCUGUGACCUCCCUGAUCAGGCCCGACCCCAACGGCCGGCUGUCUAAUGCGUGGACAGGAAAUGGAGCUUCUACCGGCCGAAGGGGAAUUCCUAACCUACAACAAAAUGCCCGAUCAAUAAAGUUCCCAGCUGCGCCUGAAUCUACUAGCGCCUUAUGCUGGGAAUGAGGUGCCACCUGUGGAAAUUUCACAGGAAUACUCAUGUGACCAACAGAAAGCUCUGGGUAAGUGGGGCGCCUGCUCACCUGAAAUGACUCCCCAGUGCGUGGCCUGUUGUCACCUCUCCCAGGAGACCCUCCCCAGCACCUGGCCGCGGUGUGUCCUCCACGACCACAGGUGGUGCAGGGGAUGGCCCCCCUCGGGUUACCUCUCCUCCUCUCUCUAGCGCCAGCACCCCCGAGCUCCAUGGGAAUCGGCUCGGAGGUGCUGGAGGGCGGAAUGGACGACCCCCACUCGGGACGUCCGCGGGUAGCCAGCAGGGUGUCUAGACGGAUGGAAAUGUCCACCAACUGGUCGAACGACAGGUUGGUGUCCCUGCAGGCCAGCUCACGACGAACGUCCUCUCGUAGGCUACACCGGUAGUGGUCGAUGAGGGCCCUCUCAUUCCACCCCGCAUCCGCUGCUAGUGUCCGGAACUCCAGUGCGAACUCCUGUGCGCUCCUCUUCUCCUGUCGGAGGUGGAACAGACGCUCUCCCGCCGCUUUCCCCUCAGGUGGAUGAUCGAAGACAGCCCUGAAGCGGCGGGAGAACUCCGCGUAGGUGAUGGUUGCGGCGUCUAUUCCCCUCCAUUCGGCGUUGGCCCACUCCAACGCCUUGCCGGAUAGACAGGAGAUGAGGGCGGAGACGCUCUCGUAUCCCGAGGGCGCCGGGUGUAUGGUGGCCAGGUAAAGUUCCACCUGCAGGAGAAAUCCCUGACACCCGGCUGCAGAACCGUCAUAUGCCCUCGGGAGCGAGAGCCGAAUGCCACUGGGUUCCGGUGCUGAGAGAGGAGGACUGGCCGUUGGUGAUGGGAUGUUGUAAGAGUGCGUGGGCACCUCUCGAUUCACCAAUCGGCGCAGAGUGUUGGACACAUCCUCCAUGGCGGCCCCGAGUUGCCGGAUCAUGGUGUCCUGGUAGUUGAUCCGGUCUUCCAGGGAUUCGGGUGCCGCCGCUGUUCCUGCUGACUCCAUGGUGGUGUGUUGUUCUGUCAGAAGGGAACCGAUGUGGAUGUGGUGGAGGAGUCAGGCGCAGGACACAGAGGUUAAGUCCAACAGACUUUAAUAAUCCAAAGUCAAAUGUCCAAAAGUAACACGACCUCGACAAAACAAGAGGCGAGGGAGAAUUACGCAUACACGCGUAAACACUAAACAUAAAACAAACAGAGUGCAAACACGUAGCUCCGAACAGCAUGACAGUGAAAACAACACACAAUCAUACUAGUGCAAAACAAGGAACUUAUACGACACGUAAUCAACACACAAAUGGACACAGGUGUAACAGACAGACAAAAGCAAUCAAAUAACGAAACAUAGAGCGGUGGCAGCUAGUACUCCGGGGACGGCGAACGCCGAAGCCUGCCCGAACCAGGAGGAGGAGCAGUCUCGGCCGAAACCGUGACACAUAUUCAUUAUAUAAAUAGGCCCUUUUAAUUUUGUCUGGCUUGCCGUUCCAAAUAAAAUUGAAUAGUUUUUUCUCAUAUAAUUUAAAAAACUGUUCGCUAGGCGUAGGCAAGACCAUAAGCAAAUAGGUAAACUGGGAUAAUACUAAAGAGGUAAACUACAUGGUAAUGUAAAAAUUGUAUUUUUUAGUGAUCCAAUACGUAAUCUAGUACAUUUGUCAUAAUUUGGUUGUAAUCCAGAGUGGUUAGAAAAUGGAUCUAGAUCCUCUAUGAGGCUGUGGAGGGAUUCUAGUUGUGGAUUUAAAAGAAAACAUGAAUCAUCAUGUGUUGAUUCUUGUUUGUUUAUGGCCCCAUACAGUUAGUUGUGUGCCAAAUUGGUGUUGGCUUGUGGAGGGAUGUGAUAAUUACGGAUGAGAACUCUCUAGGUAGAUAAAAGGGUCUGCAGCUUACCAUGAGAUAUUCUAUAUCAGGUGAGCAAAAGCUCAAGAUUUCCUUCACACUGGAAGCAGUGCACCAGUUGUUGUUUAUGAAGAGGCACACCCUCCUCCUUUGGACUUGCCCGAGGCUGACUAGGAGGGGUUCUUCAUAUUAUCUAGAAAAUACAUAUAUUUGAUCAUUUGUUUCUAUGUACCGAACUUUUCUUUUACAUGUAGCUAUUCCUUCCUGCGUUUUUAUGCAUUAAGGUUUUGUAGUCGGCCCAAACCGACAGUGACGUUUCUAUCUGUGAAGAGUAUAAAGGCCAUCUAAAUCAAGGCCUCUGAGACCCAGCUAUCUGUCCGCUGCUUGGCCCCCCCUCACCGCGCCUGUCUCUCUCUGCUGCUCCCAGCUCAUUUAUAGCACACAGGAUUAAGGAAGGUUUACGGUUUGCUGUUGGAGCAGAAUAUCGCAGAGAGGGGAGUUGGAAUAUAGUCAGUCAAUGCAUUAGAGCAAAACCUUUGUUUUUUGUUGCCAUGGGUACCGUUACACGGUUGUCAUAGGGGGCUCUUGAUUUUUUGGGUUGUUUAGGUGGGUGGUGAUGGGGGUGUUUUAAGCCUUUUAUUAAUAAGCCUUGCCCUCAUCUGCUCUCACAUACAGUGCUAUGGGCUGAUGGAGCAACACCGUUUACUCCCACAGAACCUUCUGUAUAUAGCAUUAGACAUGGGGCAGGAUGUUUAGCUGCAUGGCUGGACUGGGCUGCUUUAUGCUUGGCUGGCGUUGUGGGCAGAGUGGGGUGAGUUGACGGUGUGUCCUAAAUGGCACCCUAUUCCCUAUAUAAUGUACUACCUUUGGUCUACCAGUAGUGCAUUACAUAGGGGCCCUGGUCAAAAGUUGUGCACUAAAUAGGGAAUAGGGUGCACAACUUAAUGAGCCAGGCCAGAGUACAGGGUUCACUGGCCAAGAAUUCCCCCAGAAUCGUGUUGUUGCAGGGUGUCUUGGUGCAGCAAACCAAAGUGUGUGAAAUAGCCCUCACCACUGUUCUUACCUGGGGUUUUAGAUCAGUGUUCUUGGCUUGAAAGCUGAAUUUUUCCUAAUCUCACAAUUUUCAAAAAUGUUCAAGAGUGCAAUACAAUACAUGCCUCUUAAGGCGCUUCUAACGACUGUGUGUAUAUUUACUAUGUGUUGUCAAAUUCAGCUACUCUAUUCCUCAGUGGGUGUGAUUUUGUUUUAGAAUUUAUGCAUCGUGAGCAUGGACUUCAUAUCUCAUUGCAAAGUAUUAAUAUAUAGCAGUGGAGGCUGCUGAGGGGAGGACAUCUCAUAAUAAUGUCUGGAAUGGAGUGAAUGGAAUGGUGUCAAACACGUGUUUGAUACCAUUCCAUUUACUCCAUUCCAGACAUUAUUAUGAGCCAUCCUCCCCUCAGCAGCCUCCACUGAUACAUAGUAAUGUAUAGUAAUGCACAGUAUCGUAGCUGCUCUGUACUUGCUAUGUCCAACCUCAGUGAGCAGGGAAAGGCUGUGUCUGUGGUUAUAUCUGUGGCUGUGGCUGUGGAGAGUGUGUGUGUGUAUGGAGGUCAGUAGGCAGGCCUAUUCCUGGGCCCAGUUGUUUUUGGAACACUUGUUCUUUGAGCCGUUUGUGGCUGUGUGUUGGCUGAGAGGACUGGGUUUUAAUUGCUGUGCUGUGUCAGGACGGGAAGGGAGGAGGUCACAGACGGUCCCUCACUGUCACUCUAAACACACAACAGAGGAUAGUGUGGUUUCACCCAGGCACUGUCAGUAGUACAAUGCUCCUGGUUUUAAUGGUCUUCCUGGUGACCACAGGACAGGGGAAUGAGGGGAGGAGGAGGAGGAGGAAGAGGAAGAGGAAGAGGAAGAGGAAGAGGAAGAGGAAGAGGAAGAGGAAGAGGAGGGAGGGAAUGCUAAGACACAUCACAGGACAAUACUCUUCU